AUGCCGGAGAAGAACGGAACGGUCCUGAGCCAUGAGCAGUAUAUCGUCCAGAUAUACCAUAAGGCACACGCCCUGACCGGGGAGCCAGGCCAUCGCAGGACGAAGCACCAAGGCGCCAAAGACAGACCAAACAGAAGACGGGUGAAGCGCCAUACGCGAUUCCUCCAGUGGAACUGUAGGAGAUCCCUUUAAACUUUGUUUACCGGCACCGUCAGGUCUGCGUAUUUCAAAUCCAGUUUUGCCAGCCAAUCCCCAAUCCCAAUGUAGGAGCAGGCCUCUGAGGAGGUGGAUGCCGUCUAACCUGAAAUGUCGGUAGUGUACCCUGGAAUUGAGUGGGUGCAAGUUGAUAACAGGGUGCUUCUGGCCACCCUUUUUCUCCACCAGGGAGAGAUUGCUGAUGACCCCCAAGGGGUGCAGCGGAGCCAACUCUAUAGCUUCCUUGGUAUGUAGGGUCGACAACUCCUCGUUGAUCAACCUGCGAUCCUGAAGAGAAAAACAGAUCGGUUGAGGGUUACGGAAGAAACGAGUCAUCCCCACUAAUGCUAUUUGGAAGCCCCUCACUAUAUAGAGAACCCAUGCAUCGGAUGUGAUGGAUGCCCAGGCUGGGAAAAAAUGAUGGAGCCUGCUCCCUACACAAACAUGAGAAGAAGCAUGUGGUAGAAUUAAGCUUACCGUAUGGGCGUCUUCCACCGGAAUUCCCUCUGAAGCCCUUGACUGCUAUGGUCGUCAAUGAGAGGGGAAGAAGGGUAAUCGGGUUCUAGCCUCCUGGGGCGCUGGUUGAACGAGCCUAGUCCUGUUAACGCUACCUUUUGACCCAACCUCAGCAUUCCUCCGGGUCGACCAGCCUGUUCUCAGCCCUGGUGUCCUUUGCCAGAUCAAAAGCUUGGCUAGGGGGUCAAAAAUUUCUAAAUAUUUGUCUUGGCAUGAGCUGAAUGCCGAAUCAAGGCCCUUACGUGGGUUCCAACCCAGCUUGGUCAAGACUUGAGGCAACUUGGGGUCAACUUCCGGGAUGUCACACACCUUGUUAGGUACCACCGGUCUAGGGCACUCAGCUCUAAGCUUGUUACGUGCUGCCUUGUGAAGCGGGUGCCGCACCCAGGUUUCCAGGUAGUGAGCCACAUGGUCCACUGGAAGCCACUCAGCCGACCUUAAAUGAUGUAGGUCAUCUGGGUCAAACAAGGACUCACCCAGUGGGUCCAGAAGUCCCUACAGCCGCGGGCAGAUUAGCCCUAGGGUCGCCUCCCGUCAUCCCCGCCAGGGCGGAGGUAAAGAGGUCAAGAUCCAUGUCCCCAGUACCAUUCUCUGAGUCACAUCCGACUCAAAACCAGCCUCCUCACUAGACCAGAUUUCUGAGUCAGAAUCGCUAUCAGUCUGUGCUCUCACACAUUUCCACCAACACGCCUGUUCUGCCUGGUGAGGAAAAGAUCUUGUGCGUGACUUGGACACACUUUCAUGGGUGACCUGAAGUACGCCAGUCAUGGUGUUUUUGGAGGCAGAGGGGGAUACAUGCCUAGAUUUACAGCUAGCCUUUCUCGGUGCAACCCCAAGGGGAUCCACCUCUGGACACAAGGUGUGCGUCGAGGGAUCCGUGGCCCCUGCGUCCAAAGGGCAAGCAAACAAUGCCUAGGAUAUAGUCUGAGACAAAGCCGAAGACAUUGAACCCAUAGUGGCCAUAAUGGUGUCGGUCACAGACCAUUGGAGUACCAAAGUAAGUAGUGAGGGUUAAUCACUGAAACUAGCAACCGAGUAGAAGGGACAGAAGGGAGCUCACCAGGGCCCAGACCAGUAGCAAGAGACACGAGGCAGGAAGAGGCAGGGACAGGCAAAAAAAAAAAAAAACUGGAAAGAAACACAGUGUAAAUCGUGAGCUUGUGUGGAAAAGAACGCGAAUUUGCAUGAAAAAACUACCGAACGGGUGAAUUCGUUACACGAACAACGCGCGUACGCAAACCAAAUGCACCUAGUAAGGUAAACCCGCGAAUGUGGCACCAAAAACAGCCAAACGGUCGGGAAACAAUCCAUGAACAAACAGCGUUUGUGACCCGAACAGAGACAAAAUUUCAAUACGAAUAAAACUACGAACUUCCAAACAUGGGUCCUUAAACAGACCAAUUGGGCCAAAAAGAGGCGCAAAAAAAUGUGAACAGGGCACCAAAAUGGACCCAGGCAGGAAAAAACAUAGAAAGAAGGGGGAAAAAUACAUAAGGUCUGCAGAAGGGAAAAUACAAUCACCAAAGCAAGGUGAAAAAAGCCAGUGGGGUGACCCCAGUCAACAAGGGAAAGGAAGAAAAAUCUUUAGCUGGUCUGAGACCCUGGGCACAGCAUAGAACACAUUUAUAGCAAACAAGUACAAAAGCCCAGUAAUAUAACAUUACAAGUUCAACUAAAAGGAAUAAGAGACAGAAAAUAACAGCCUAACAUAAGCAGUAUAACUAGAAAUCUGGAGCAGCAAAGAAAGAUGUGCUGAGUAUUAUACUGGGACUUGGUAUAGGAGUGUCAGGGUUACAGAAUGAUCCAGCACGUAGAAUUGUGUAACACAGAGGACUGAUAGGUAACGUAUACCGGACGUUAGAAUGGCCGGACUAACGUACCAAAGAAUAGUCAGAAAUAGCCAAGGUCAAUGGAAACAGAAAGAGACACAACAAUAAGGAAAAGCCAGGAGUCAGGGAUGCCAGAAAACAGGGAAGUCAAAAACAAUGCCAAAGUCAAAUAACCAGAAUUACCAGAAUAAAUAACGCGCUCUCGGACAACCACAAGGGAAACCACGACAGGGCACUGAGCAGGAUGAGAACUGGGCCUAAAUACCCCUCCUUUAGUUCUGAUAGGCUGUAACCGGCCUUUGACCCCAAAGGCAGUUACAGGUUCCCAUUUGCAUAAUUGCUGCUCAGCAUUAACCCUUCUGUGGAUUAGGUUGCUGCUCAGCACAACGUUUCCUGUGUGGGCAGUAAAUGCCAUUAAUCAUAUUUUUAUGUGCGGAUGGAUACGUGACAGGGAGUGGCUUAUAUCUACAUGUAUACCAUAUUUUUCUUACUGUUUUUGUAUUCUUUGCUGUUAUUGGUGGACAGUAAAGAAAGGGACAUGCACCAUGAGCCUCCGUGUCUUGUUAUAAAAUCUGGCAACCCCUUGAGAUUCCUACUUGACGGAUUGGAUUUGCCUUUUUCAAUUUAAGAAUGCUAAAUACCACAGUGCAACAACACCAGGUAAUUUUAACAGAAAUUAAGUUGAGAAACAGUUCUGUAGAUCCUGUAACCACAUGUUAAGCGUUUGAUACAUUUACUGAUAUUUGGGUAUGCAUGACUGUUUAGUGGACUGGCCACUCCCACACCAGAGGGAAACUCUUAUCCCAUAAACCUCUGCACAGCAUAUGCUGUUGGAUAAAAUGUUCCUCUCCAAGAGCAGUCCCACCCAUGCUAUAGGACAGGGAUAGGCAACCUUCGGCACUCCAGAUGUUGUGGACUACAUCCCCCAUAAUCCUCUUACACCCAUAAUGCUGGCAAAGCAUCAUGGGAGGUGAAGUCCAAAACAUCUGGAGUACCUAAGUACCUGUGCCUGUUAUAGGAUAAGUGGAAUACCACGACUGCUACAAUCAGGGCCGGACUGGCCCACCAGGAUACCGGGAAAUUUCCCGGUGGGCCGCGGCACCUGGGGGCCGGCCGCGUUCCUGGGCCGGCCCUUUAAAUACUGCAGCCGCCCGAGCGCUCUGUGAAGAGCGGUCAGGCGGCUGCAGGCCCCUUCCUUCACGAGAGCUGCACUCCGGUCCGCGGUGGCCGGCCGGCCGGAGUGAUAGGAAGGGGCACACUGAGUGUGCACUUCCUGUCAGUCCGGCCGGUGACAGGAAACAGAAACUCUGCGCGGAACAGGAGUUUCUGUUUCCUGUAACCGGCCGGACUGACAGGAAGUGUACACUCAGUGUGCACCUUCCUAUCACUCCGGCCGGCCAGCCACCGCGGACCGGAUUGCAGCUCGGCCACGCUACAGGGGAGGGGUAAGAAGAGGGGAGGGGAGGGGAGGGGAGAAGCUGCAGCCGCCUGAGCGCUCUUAACAGAGCGCUCAGGCGGCUGCAGUAUUUAAAGGGCCGGCCUUGCAGACCUUGCAGGACCGGUGUAUUACUUAGGAUAGCUAAGGACAGCACCUAACCCUAAAAGCCAAUUCUCUAACCUGAUGGGGUUUGUCUCCAUGAAUUAUGUACUUGAACGUAUGUAGAUACAAACCUUGAGUAUUGGUCCUAUUGCCUUGGACGAGUCACAGGAAGUCUUCAAUUUAUAUAUAUAUACUUACUUCUUGAAGGGAACAAGUCCGGCCAAGGUAUCCUAGGGGUAAGAUAGAUGCUAGAGGAGCCUAAGUGUGCCACUGGUAUGCCUGGUGUAAAAAUUUUGAAUGUAUGGAAGAACCCGUGUAAGAUGAGGGACCUGAACGUUGAUCCGUAAGUAGAGACAAGCCCCUGGGUAUCCACAAUUGUGAAUUUAAAUGAUAAGAAGGCGGAGUUAGGCCUUAAGUAGAAACGUAAUCUUAGUGAGUAAGAUUAAACAAUACCUGGUGAUGGAAUACGGGAUACCAGGUGGGCUGUUAGUGGUUGAUGGUGUAGAACUUGGUGAUACUGCGGUAUUGACGCAGGUCUAAGUAAUGAAAUGUAGAAAUUAAAGACAAGCAAUGUAUCGUUACAAUUAGUAGUAGCAAAGUGGUGAUGGUUUAGGAGGUGAUUGUCGUAGAAAUCGCAGUGCAGGGUCUUUGCCGUGGCCCGUUUAGAAGUUUAGAACCCACCUUGGGGUGUGGGGGGGAGGGGGUGGAGGCUGAAUGAGGCUGUGGAGGCUGGAUGAGGCCUCAGGGAAAGACAAAUUCAACUGGAAAACAAAAACAACUGGUAAACCUUCUUACCUGAUACAGUAAUACAGGAUACUGGGGUAACACUUCCUGGAGACUGUUAGAAGGAAAUGUAGUAGAGCCUAAAAACAUGCGCAUACUAAGUCUAACGAACCAGUAUAUAAGGUUUUAGGAAACAGAGAUUUGCAAUCGUGCUUAUGGACUGUAAUGAGCCUGGUGAAAAAGGAACCGUUAGAGCUUAACCUAUAGCAUGUCAAAACAAAGAUAAAGACGUAGUGUAACGGAGACCAACCUAGUUAUGACCUGUGUAAAAAAUUAGGUGUCCCAUAAAUUAAUAUGCCCAUAGCCGAGUAAUAGUGAAAAACAGAUUAACUAUAUGUUAGCCAGUAGUAACUAAUGAGCCAUAUGCUUAACACAUUAAAAUAUAGGAUGCAGAGAAAGUGAAAGGUGAGUUCCUUUGUUUAAACGAAUGACAUGAUGAAAUACAUUAAACAACAGAUUAGUGACUUUAGACCUUGAAGCCUCCUGCGUUCAGCUAAAUGAACAAACGGAGAGGACUGUGAGCAUAAAAAGAAAAUACCUGCGGUCGGUUAAUGGACCGCACGAAAGAACAAACGAAAGCCAUAUACAUAGCGGUCAGCUGUUUAUCCAUACAAAUAAUUAGACGUACGUGAGUGACCGGAAGCCGGGUAGCAAUGUCGGUAAGAAGCCGGUUGACAAGCACGGAGGUGGGAGGCAGGAGAGCUGCUGGAGACAAACUGCUGCUGGAGGCUGGAAUUUGAAGGGAACUAUGGACCAGAAGUGCUGGGACAAACAGCUUGAACGUUAAAGGUGAGUAGGGGGGUAGGAGUUUAUAUAAGGGAUAUAAAUCCUCCCACAAAUACAGGACUAAUGGCCUUUAACAUGUGAUUUCUGUUCUUAUUCCAGUGAAGAAUGAUUGAUGGCAGACACUGGGCCAUUGUAUAACUGAGUCAUGCCUUCUUAAAUCCACACAAUAAAGAAAGUCACCUGUUUGUCCUUCAGGUGGGUGAGUACAAGGUUACCAGCAAUGAAGACAUUGGGGAGAUCCUGUCUGUUCGGCUGUACAAGGAAUAUUACCUGGUGACCGAUGAAUGGUUCUGCAAAUAUGUCGAUGUGACAUCCCCAAGUGGACACACAUAUCAUUUCCCAUGUUACCAGUGGCUUUCAGGCCCCAGGAUUCUGGAAAUCCCAGAAGGAAGAGGUAUGGUCUUCUCCAAAGUGGAGUAUGUGGCAAUGUGAUUUGAAUAAAAACCGAAUGAUACGAGAACUCAUUAACUUGCUAAGUUAUAUAGCUAUGGUUAUAUGGCCGAAGGGUGACUGACUUGUUAGUUGUGUCUCCUUUUUGCCCAGUUUUUGCUGCAUUUCUGCUGGGUGUUAUUGCUGUGUUUGUUCUUUGGUUGUUAAAAUUGCACUGUGUUAACACUAUGUUGAUAGUGCUGUGUUAUUGCUGUGAUAGUGCCGUGUUAUCACUGUGAUAAUACCGUGUUAUUGCUGUGAUAAUACCGUGUUAUUGCUGUGAUAAUACCGUGUUAUUGCUGUGAUAUUGCCGUGUUAUCGCUCUGAUAGUGCUGUGUUAUUGCUAUGAUAAUACUGUGUUAUUGCUGUGAUAAUACCGUGUUAUUGCUGUGAUAAUACCGUGUUAUUGCUGUGAUAGUGCCGUGUUAUCGCUCUGAUAGUGCUGUGUUAUUGCUGUGAGAGUGCCGUGUUAUAGCUGUGAUAAUACCGUGUUAUUGCUGUGAUAGUGCUGUGUUAUUGCUGUGAUAGUGCUGUGUUAUUGCUGUAAUAGUGCUGUGUUAUUGCUGUGAUUGUGACGGUAGUAAACUGUAUCACCGUCAAGCAUUCCCUUCUUCCCUUAAAAGAAAAUCACCAAGUAAUCCACAGGAAUAAAUAUCGCUGGUGGUAUGGGCAAAUAAUCCAAACAUGAGCCAAAGCUUAAUGCUGGAACAAGACUGAUUUACUGGAAGUAACAGGCAUUCAAUUUAUACAAUAGCAGACUCCUCCUCUGGGCCAGGCUAGAUAAUUGAGUUUCAGCAACAUACUAAACUCAGUUAUCUGCUGGCCAGAAACAUUAACAAUUUUUAACAUUUUUAGAAAAGUACUUUCUGCAUAACAUACAAAUAUAAUAAUCACAUCCCUGGGUAGCUGAGGAUACUGGGAGUCACAGUUCCAAAUUUCACGAUAAUCCGUUCGGUAGUUUCCGUGUCGCAUCGUGUGGUGGUAUCCGAUUUAGAGUCUGAUUUAGAGUUCCAUGAAAUCAGCAGCAAGAGCCGGUCUCCGUUCGCGCCUAGUUACAUGAAAACUACCGUACGUAUGUUGCAGCUUGUUACAUGCGAAUGCUCCCCUUGUUCGGUAGAUUAAAACUCCCGAAUGCCGGUUUUAUACCUUGAAUGGAAAGAAGCCAGUCGGGACUUCCAUACUGACCGGCCGUUCGCGUGAUUGCCAUGCCGAAAACAGUUCCAGGCAAUUCACGCGUAAGUCCCGCUGGCUGCAUUCGGGAGAUUUAAGAUGGCCGCCAUCCUUUGUUCUCGCUACGUGUUCAUAUGCCGAAUGGCGGCCACCUAGGAGCACUCAAUUAAGUUGUGGUUUUCGUGUGAUUACUCGAUGUUCCAAGUUCUGAUUGCCACCCAGGGUGGUCUCCGUUUGGUAGAACGAAUACAUUUUCCCAAACACAAAAUUAAACGAAAACGUCCAAAAGCAGUUAAACAGCAGGGAGAAGCUAUAACCGAAUGCACACGGGUGAGUAUAGGAGAAUCCUUUACACUGAUAAUACCGUGUUAUCGUUUUGAUAAUACUGUUAUUGCUGUGAUAGUGCCGUGUUAUCACUCUGUUAGUGCUGUGUUAUUGCUGUAAUAGUGAUGUGUUAUUGCUGUAAUAGUGCCGUGUUAUCGCUCUGAUAGUACUUGUUUAAUGCUGUGUUAAUGCUGUGUUAUUGCUGUGAUAAUACCCUGUUAUCACUGUGAUAGUGCCAUGUUAUUGUUGUAAUAGUGCCGUGCUAUUCAUUUGCGUCCGUCAAUGGCCAGUGGGACCUCGAUGCUGUAUUCAUGGAGCGAAGGCCGGGUACAGAAUCAUGCAAAUCCCCGCUACCCGUCUGGUUGUCCCGUCCGUUCGUGAUGCGAAUGAAGCCAGCCCUGGAGAGACACUUAACCUGCGGUUAACCGCAGACUGCAAUGCUUGAGGGGAGGUUGAUAAGCGGCACGCUCCGCUCGCCGGGUGGCCGGCUAUUCGGUACUUUGCUGGGUGACGGGGUUAAGUGGCGGCACAUGCCUAGGGCUGGGUGGUCGGCUGUUCGGUACUUUGCGGGGUGACGGGGUUAAGUGGCGGCACACGCCUAGGGCUGGGUGGUUGGUUGUUCGCACCGACGAAUGAGGCUUUAUAAUAGUUUGUAUGAUCCAUCGCCUGGCCUGAAUGCUGUUAAAAUAGAGUCUCAAUAAGUAGAAACUGGGAAUAACAAUGUAACAAGUCUGUGUAAUGGAGUCUCUGUAACAAUGCUCCCUCUUUGUGGAACACUCUGGCAGACACUGUCUGACCCCUUUUCAGGGCAGACUAAGGCUGUCCAGACUGAAGAAUUAUGCUGGACUGAGGUCAGUUUGCUAUGAUAACCUGUCGGCAUUGCCAUUCUGUUUCCCGGGUCGGUAGGUGAUAGUAAAAUUAAACGGUUGUAGUGAUAAGCUCCAGCGUAAUAGUCGUCCAUUAUCCCCAGCGACCCGGUUGAGCCACACCAACGGGUUAUGGUCUGUCACCAGAGUGAACUCUUGUCCAUACAAGUAGGGGGUUAACUUCUUUAGUGCCCAUACCAGGGCCAAACACUCCUUUUCCACCGCGGCAUAGCUGACCUCUCGUGGCAGGAGUUUUCGGCUGAUGUAGGCAAUCGGGCGUUCCUUCCCAUUGUCUCCUACUUGGCUGAGGACAGCUCCCAGCCCGAACAUGGAAGCGUCUGUAUGAACAAUAAAACGUUGAUUAGGGGCUGGGGCAGCCAAGACAGGAGCAUUACUUAAAGCAGUUUUUAGUGUUUGAAACGCGGUUUCACAGUGGGGAGUCCACAGGACCUGUCGAGGAAGAUUCUCCUUGGUUAAGUCCGUCAGGGGUUUGGCUAUCACGCUAUAGUCUGGCACGAACCUUCUAUAGUACCCAGCCGUGCCCAGAAAGGCUAGCACUUGGGUCUUAGUGGUGGGGGUGGGCCAAUUUGCGAUCGCCUCUAUCUUAGCUGGCUCUGGUCGCUGUUUCCCACAUCCCACUCGGUGACCCAAGUACUGUACCUCAGCCAUCCCAAAAUGGCAUUUCUCUGGCUUCAGAGUCAGGCCUGCAACCCGAAUCUGAUCCAGGACCAUUCCCACCUGGGCUAAGUGUUCCUCCCAGGACUCACUAUGAAUCGCUAUGUUAUCCAGGUAUGCGCAGGCAAAAUCCUGGAAGCCAUCAAGGAGUCUAUCCACCAUUUCCUUUUUCAUCCCUGCUAUGACCGCCUCAGGAAUCCGGUAGGGGGCCUGUCUUAAAGGUUGCUGCCCUGGGGUGUCCACUUGGUAAGUGGCUGGGAGAAUAUGGACUGUUUCUUUUAGAGCAGUUGGUGUAACUGCUCCCUCUCUACUGGGUUCAGUUGGUCCCCUAUCUGCACUUGGCCCACUAGAUUUGACGGGUCUUUCUGGGUAAGCAAGUCGGGUAUGGGGAGACUAUCGGGGUCUUUGGUUGCCGGGCUACAUAUGGCCGCUAUAUCUUCGGGUUGUUGAAGAUAUUCCUUUAGCAUAUUUACGUGGAAUAUCUUCCUUAAGUUCUCGUCGUGACAGCUGGCAAUCACAUAGGUAGUGUCCCCUCUUUACUCUACUACCUGGUACGGUCCCUGCCAGGCUGCUUGCAGCUUGUCUGCUUUGAAAGGUUUAAGCACCAUUACUUUCUGUCCUACACAAAAACUCCUUCGUCUCGCCCCUCUGUCAUACCAGACCUUCUGUCGCUUCUGGGCCGCCUGGAGGUUAGCCUGGACGAACCUGGCUAAUUGCUCCAUGCAGUCCCUAAGCUCCAGUACAUAGGGCACAAUGGGCACUCCAGCAUUCUCCGUCUCUCCCUCCCAGUGCUCACGGAUCAGGUUUAGGGGCCCCCGCACCUUAUGCCUGUAGAGCAGUUCGAACGGAGAGAAUCCGGUUGUUUCCUGGGUUACCUCCCGAUAAGCGAACAGGAGGUGCGGUAGGAAUCGUUCCCAGUCUCUAUAUUCCUGGGUGAACGUUUUUAACAUCUGUUUUAGGGUUCCAUUGAACUUCUCACAUAGCCCAUUAGUCUGAGAAUGAUAGGGGGAGCUGAGUAGGGAUUUUAUUUCACAGACAUGCCAUAGUUGUUGGGUUAGUUCCGCAGUGAACUGAGUACCCCUGUCGGAUAGGAGCUCUCUAGGGAAUCCUACCCGAGAGAAUACUUGCAUUAGCUACGGUGUCCGCCUGAAUAUUGGAUAGAGAGACACUGCCUCUGGGUAGCGGGUAGCGUAGUCCACCACGGUAAGAAUGUAUCUUUUUUCGGAUGGACUAGGGGUGGCGAGUGGUCCUACUAGGUCGAUGGCUACCCGACUAAAAGGCUACUCUAUAAUGGGCAUGUUCAUGAGGUGAACAUGCCCGUUGGCAGACCUCACAUGUGUUGCAGUAUGUACGCACAUCUGCCUGCACUCCUGGCCAGAAGAGGGUAUGGGUGAUCCGUUUGAGGGUACGGGUCACUGCUAAAUGUCCAGCUAAUGGGAUGUCAUAACCCACUCAGAGUAUAUCUCGUCUAUACUUGUGGGGUGUGACGAGACCAAUCUCGCCACAUUGCAUUGGAGAAGCCUGGUUGCUCGCCUGCUGCCUCUGGACUAUGGCCCCCUGUUAAAAGACUUUAUUUUUGCCUGCAGAAAAGCUGUAUUCGUGCUUUUCUGCCGGUUGUUCGGUAGUUUCAAUCUACCGAACAACCGUACGAAUGACUGGACCACCUGGGAGCUGGAGUAUGCCGGCAAUUAACCUCCCUGAAGCUGCGGUUAACCGCAGCUUAAUUGAUGAAUGCUGGGUGGCCGCCAUUCGUAUCCCGAACAUGAGGUCGCGGCCAUUUUAAACCAUACGAAUGAACAGCGGUGUUCGCCUCUAUUUUCAUGGAACUAAAAUCGGACACAGUUUUGCGCGAACACCGCUGAAACCGCCGACCUCCCUUCUUGUUCGGUGAAAGUGCACGAACGGCCCGGUGUUCGGUAUUUUUGUUCAAAUAUGUUAUACCCCAGAUAGGAAUCCCAUGGAGCCCAUUCGUAUGAAACUGACUGUAAAGACUUUGGCUCCAUGGCGAUUAAACUGUAUUCGUGUGGUCUGAGUGCCAUUCACUUAAUAAUGUGCACUCAGACCUGAGCUAUCUGGGGAUAUGUUACAUGUCUGUGUUUUGUGGAAUAAAUGUUACUUUGUGUAUUUUAAAGUAUAAUGCUGGUUUUGUGUCCCCACAUGUGUAAUGGAGUUUUGCCUUUGUCUUGGGAGAUAAUUGAGUUACUUCCCAAUUAUCUCUCAGGGCAGAGGGGAGGAAGCCAGGAUGCAUUGUGGGAGAUACUGUGACUGUGUGUCCUAUUUGUCUAACUGUCUGUCCCUUGUCACAGUCUCCCAUUUGGUCCCCUAGGGGAGUGUCCACCAGGUGGGAGACCUGCAUAAAUACUGGGCAGGUAGCCCUCAUUAAACAGACCACUGCUUGACCCUCAACACGGAGCCUUGUCUCGUCUUUGGGGGGAUUUACUGUAUGCUGCUAAGGACUGAUUGCCAGGAGUGUAAGCCGCUUGGGAGCUUUUCCUGUUCGUCUGGUAGCAGCAAUUCGUAUGGUUCCUGUUCGUGUAUUUGGAGUGCUACCUUAUUCCCUUGUAUGCCGUUCGGGAGUUUGGAGCAUUCACUUGUAUGCAGUUCGAGUGUUUGGAGCAUUCCCUUGUAUGCCGUUCGGGAGUUUGGAGCAUUCACUUGUAUUCAAUUCGUGAGUUUUGGUGAUUCUACAGUAGCUGUGCCUGUCUCUGAAAGGGGAUUAUCGUCUAAGCGGUUUUUUCCCUUUUUGUGCAAAACGGUCCGUUACAUGGGGAAUGACUAGCUGCCUCCUAUGGUUCCCUUUCUUUUCGGUAUGUCUGUAUAGUCUGCCCUGUUCCCAUGCUCUCUUGGUCUGAUCCCCCGGUCCCUGUAUCGGCUCGGGUCGGUUUUAGUUUCAUCCUCAAAGGCUGCAGGGGUAUCCCAGGGUAAUGGGGACGGGUGGUUGGUCACAGUCGGGUUCUGUCUUACCUGAGUCUCCCGCACUGGUGAAUGGUCUUGAGUCCUUCCUGCUUGUGACCGGGUAGUGACAGGGUGCGCCUCCGAGUUGUAGGAAGGAGCAUAUGCAGAAGUCAUGGGUCCCAGGUCGUUGCCCAGUAGAACCUCGGCUGGCAAAUUGUCCAUGAUCUCCACUUUCACAAUUCCUUUUCCCGCACCCCAACCCAAAUGGCCUGAAUGCCGUUAAAAUAGAGCCUCAAUAAGUAGAAACAGGGAAUAACAAUGUAACAAGUCUGUGUAACGGAGUCUCUGUAACAAUGCUCCCUCUUUGUGGAAUACUCUGACAGACACUGUCUGACCCCUUUUUGGGGCAGACUAAGGCUGUCCAGACUGAAGAAUUAUGCUGGACUGAGGUCAGUUUGCUAUGAUAACCCGUCGGCAUUGCCAUUCUGUUUCCCAGGUCGGUAGGACAUUUGUAAAUGUCCCCUCCAGCCACCCGGACCGCAACGGUGUCCGUGGAAUGCCUGUGUGCUGGUACCAGUCGGCCUAGUACCAGGGUAAUAGUGGCCCCUGUGUCUCUCAACCCCUGUGUGGGGCGACCCUCCAGCAAUACCUCCUGCCUGUGGUGCUGUCGGUUGUUAUUCGCCACAUAUACUGGGUUCGCUUCGUGUAGGGGUCCCAAAUAUUCCUCUAGGGGACUUUCUUGUUCGACACAGAAAGCGCAUGCUGGGCGGUUGUUUCCUGAGGAAGCUGCAUUGUAAUUCCUCAAGGGAUAGUUGCUGUUGAGGGGGCAGUUAGCAAUGAGGUGCCCUGGCUGCUUGCAUUUGUAGCAGGUGAGAUGGGAACGUUCCUGUGGGUAAUGGUUGGAUGGUCCGGCGUAUCGGGUAGGUCCCGCCGGCAUCGGCGUGCGAAACUCCGUUCGUGGGUUUGGUCGGUACGUGUCCCUUGGUUCGGUGCGAGUGGCCAUUCGGGAGCUGCUAAAUUCCUGGACCCGAGCAUCCCGGUGUUCGUCAGCCAGUCUCGCUGCCUCGUUAAGAUCGCUCGGUCGGUGAUCCUUUAACCACUCUUGGUCUUUUGCUCCAGUCCCUCGUAAAAAUGUUCCAGUAAAAAUAAUUCCAACACUUCGGCUGCCGUGACUGCUCGACACCCAUUUAUCCAAUGUGUAGCUGCUCUCCGGGCCCAUUCGGCAUGGGUAUCAUUUGGCUUCUUUUUAGUGUUGCAGAAUUGCCUGAGAUACGUGUCAGGGGUUACUGCGUACCGUCUCAAUAAAGUGUCCUUUACAAGCUUGUAUUGAGCGACGUCCUCCGUGCUAAGAGUCCUGAACGCCUCCAUUGCCCGCCCGGUUAGUUUCCCUGCCAGUAUCCGCGGCCAGGCUGUUGUGGGAAUUUGAUGCAAAGCACACUGUCUCUCAAAAUCGGUUAGGAAUUCGUCGAUCCCCAUCUCGUUCUCCAUGAAUGGCUUAAAUGCCGCAUAACUCAGGCAUUAUCAAGCGAAUAUAGUCCUUUACACAUAUCAUUCGGUAGCUCAGCGCUGGAUGCAUUACGUGUGCAAAUUGCGCCCAGUUCCCUCGAACAGAGCAGGAGGUUUCUGCCAUAAUAAAGUCCUGUUCAGUAGUCGGAUUCUAAGCCCUCGAUGGCGGCCAUGUUUUUGCGUCCGUCAAUGGCCAGCGGGACCUCGAUGCCAUGGAGUGAAGGCCGGGUACAGAAUCAUGCGAAUCCACGCUACCCGUCUGGUUGUCCUGUCCGUUCAUGGUACGAAUGGAGCCCGUCCGGGAAAGGCACUUAACCUGCGGUUAACCGCAGACCCCAAUGCCUGAGGGGAGGUUGAUAAGCGGCACGCUCCGCUCACAGGGUGGCCGGCUAUUCGGUACUUUGCGGGGUGACGGCGGGACCUCGAUGCCAUGGAGCGAAGGCCGGGUACAGAAUCAUGCGAAUCCCCACUACCCGUCUGGUUGUCCCAUCUGUUCUUGGUGGGUGGUUGGCCGUUAGAACUUUGCGGGGUGACGGGGUUAAGUGGCGGCACACGCCUAGGGCUGGGUGGUCGGUCAUUCGCACAGAUGAAUGAGGCUUUAUAAUAGUUCGUAUGAUCCGUUCGCCUGGCCUGAAUGCCGUUAAAAUAGAGUCUCAAUGAGUAGAAACAAUGUAACAAGUCUGUGUAACGGAGUCUCUGUAACACAAACAUAUGUCAAAAUCAUCCAAAUUGGUCCAUUGGUUCUGUAAUGGACCGUUUUGACCAAAAGAGGUUAAAAACUGUUUAGGCGAUAUUCCCCUUUUUCAGCUGCACCGACAGCUACUGCAAGCACCAAUCUCCUGAACGGCAAACCCACGAAUUCACCAACUCCCAAACUGCAACCAAGGGAAUACUCGAAACUCCCGAACUGCAUACCAAGGGAAUACUCAAAACUCCCGAACUGGAGACACACGAAUAGCUGCUAGCAGACGAACAGGAAAAGCCCCCAAGCGGCUUACACUCCUGGCAAUCAGUCUCUAACAGCAUACAGUAAAUCCUCCCCCAAUAAUGAGACGACACUUCACUUUGAGGGUUAAGCAACUCAUUUACUGGGGCUAACUGCCCGGCUUUUAGGCAGGUCUCCCACCUGGUGGACACUUUCCUAGGGGACCAAAUGGGAGACUGGGACACAAAGGGUAAAAGGACCAAUCACAGACUUACACAUUUCAACCAUCCCACAAUGCAUCACAAUCCCUCCUCUCUGCCCUGGAGAUAAUUGGGAAGUAAUUCAAUUAUCUCCAAAGACAGAGGCAAAACUCCAUUAACCACAUGGCAGAAAACAAACAGUAAAAGACAUAAAAUUACCUACAGUUACAUUCAGUACAUAAAACAUAUACGUUCUACAUAUCCCUAGAUAGCUCAGGUCUGAGCGCACAUUAUUAUGCGAAUGGCGCUCAGACCACAGUUUAAUCGCCAUGGAGCCAAAGUCUUUACACAGUCCGUUUCAUGCGAACGGGCUCCAUGGGAUUCCUAUCUGAGGCACAACACACUCAAACAAAACUACUGAAAAACUGUGUCCGAUUUCAGUUCAAUGAAUUAAGCGUCGAACACCGCUGUGCAUUCGCAUGUUUAAAAUGGCCGCGACCUCGUGUUCGUGAUACGAAUGGCGGCCACCCAGCAUUCGUCAAUUAAGCUGCGGUUAACCGCAGCUUCAGGGAGGUUGAUUGCCGGCACACUCCAGCUCCCAGGUGGUCUAUUCAUUCGUGCGGUUGUUCGGGAGAUUGAAUCUACCGAACACCCGGCAGAAAAGCACGAAUAAGUCUUUUCUGCAGGGAAAAAAGAUGUCUUUUAACAUGGGGCCAUAGUCCAAAGGCAGCAGGCGAGCAACCAGGCUUCUCCAGUGUACAGUGGCGAGGUUGGUUUCGCCACACUUCUCCCCUUUACCAAUCAGACUAACAGGGUAUCUGACCUCAUGCCGGUCAGUGCCCUUGUUAGUCCAGCAGCCCACCCACAAAACACAAUCAGUAAUACCGCCCACCCACAAGAACUGGUUACUACACCUGGGUAGAGGAGAACGUUGUCCAUGUCCAGGCGUCUCACCAUGGCUGUGUGGGUGACUGGUAAGCGGACUGGGUGGGUUGCUGAGUGGGCAGAGACCAGCGGUACUCUGUCCUGGUGCCAGCACUACCACGGGAGUAGUCUGGUUGGAGCCUGGUUGCUGGAGGGGGAGACCGACUGUCUCUCCUUUGGCUAAACCGCCCUGUCGCUUGGGGGCAGAACCGACAGUCCCUACCCCCUGUGCUAUAAGUGCAGAGACCACGGUCCCAUCUGCACGGUUGUGGGGCUUCUCAUCUCCCCUUGGUGGGCUACAAUUCUCAUCUCCCCUUGGUGGGCUCUUCUCCCUGACACUCUCCCGGCUGGGGGAGAGGGGGACCGACUGUCUCCCCUUUCAAUAUAUUGUCCUGCUGAUGGGGAGGGAGGAUGGUACUUUCGGCUCCCUGGGACUCACUUGACUGCUGAGGAGAGGGACCAACUGUCUCCUCUCCUAAGAACACACACGGCCGCUGGGGAGGAAGGACGGCACCGUCAGCUCCCUGGGACACACUGCCGCUGGGGAGGAAGGACGACACCUUCAGCUCCCUGGGACACACACUGCCGCUGGGGAGGAAGGACGACACCUUCAGUUCCCUGUAAUACACACUGCCGCUGGGGAGGAAGGACGGUACCUUCAGCUCCCUGGGACACACACUGCCGCUGGGGAGGAAGGACAACACCUUCAGCUCCCUGGGACACACACUGCCGCUCGGGAGGAAGGACGACACCUUCAGCUUCCUGGGACACACACUGCCGCUGGGGAGGAAGGAGUCACCCACCUUCAGCUCCCUGGGACACACACUUCCGCUGGGGAUCCUCGCAGGACCAUUCUAGGAGGUCCGCCACCUCGGGUACCGCUGGUUGCUGUUGGGGAACAGGACCGGUUGUCUCUUCCCGGGCCUCAUUGAUGAGUUGCAGGUAAUGCCACUCCAGGUCACAUUCCUUGGCGACCAGAUACCGUAGGUCUGUCUCGAGAUCAACAGCGCUAGGGAGACCCAGCAUGUCUUCUCGGUCGUAACACAGGUCCCAAAAAUGAGAAUCGGUAGCUUUCCCAAAGUCCUCAUCAUCAAUAUUAUCCCAAAAUAGGCCAGGGCCAAUGUAAUCUCUGGGAACUCAUACUCUGCCAUCUCGGGGACACACUGAGCUGCGUACCACUGUAUCGCCUGGUAUGCGUCGUCGAGCACCAGUUCUGCAUAUAGUAGAAUCUCGAGUCUAGUCACCCACGCUUCUUCGGUCUGUUUUCUCAGGAGGGGCUUCCGCUCUGCCAUUCAAGCCAGGAUUCGCUGCCUUCUGCUGCGGCGCCGAUCCCCUCGCGAAUACUGUACUUUCUCUAGGGCUUCGUCCCACAACCCGGCUCUGGCAAUCUCUCUGUACCUCAACAUGUCCUCCUCUAACACUGCUCCAGACCUCAGGGAUAUGCAACAGUACAAUCUAUUUUGAAACUUCUCCUCCAUUUUCUGAGUUCCUUUGUAGAUAGGGGCGCUGUACGGGUACUGGCGUUGCCCUCAAUUUGUAAUCCAGGAACUGGUGUUGUCUUAUAGCUGUCCUUCUGGGCUGUGGAAAUGAUCCCGUCGCUUGCCACCAAUUGUAACGGACCGUUUUGCCCAAAAGAGGUUAAAAAACGUUUAGGCGAUAUUCCCCUUUUUCAGCUGCACCGACAGCUACUGCAAGCACCAAUCUCCUGAACUGCAAACCCACGAAUUCACCAACUCCCGAACUGCAACCAAGGGAAUACUCGAAACUCCCGAACUGGAGACACACGAAUAGCUGCUAGCAGACGAACAGGAAAAGCCCCCAAGCGGCUUACACUCCUGGCAAUCAGUCUCUAACAGCAUACAGUAAAUCCUCCCCCAAUAAUGAGACGACACUUCACUUUGAGGGUUAAGCAGGAACUCAUUUACUGGGGCUAACUGCCCGGCUUUUAUGCAGGUCUCCCACCUGGUGGACACUUUCCUAGGUGACCAAAUGGGAGACUGGGAGACUGGGACACAAAGGGUAAAAGGACCAAUCACAGACUUACACAUUUCAACCAUCCCACAAUGCAUCACAAUCCCUCCUCUCUGCCCUGGAGAUAAUUGGGAAGUAAUUCAAUUAUCUCCAAAGACAGAGGCAAAACUCCAUUAACCACAUGGCAGAAAACAAACAGUAAAAGACAUAAAAUUACCUACAAUUACAUUCAGUACAUAAAACAUAUACGUUCUACAUAUCCCUAGAUAGCUCAGGUCUGAGCGCACAUUAUUAUGCGAAUGGCGCUCAGACCACACGAAUACAGUUUAAUCGCCAUGGAGCCAAAGUCUUUACACAGUCCGUUUCAUGCGAAGGGGCUCCAUGGGAUUCCUAUCUGGGGCACAACACACUCAAACAAAACUACCGAACACCGGGCCGUUCAUGCACUUUCACCGAACAAGAAGGGAGGUCGGCGGCUUCAGCGGUGUUCGCGCAAAACAGUGUCCGAUUUCAGUUCCAUGAAUUAAGCGUCGAACACCGCUGUGCAUUCGCAUGUUUAAAAUGGCCGCGACCUCGUGUUGUCGAUGUUAAGACACUCACCGCCAGGUAGAUGAAGCCGCCGUUUAGUAAAUAAUCCCCUUCUCCAGAAAUGCAGUUUAUAUCCAGCCGACCGUCAAACUCCCGAACGAAGUCCACGAACACGGCAACUCUCGAACAACAAAACAGUCGAACGCCUUCCACAGCUAAAAAUAACGAAGCGCUGUCCCAGUAAUAAUUCCCCCCACAAACGAGACCAAGCUCCGUCUUCAGGGUCAAAUCAGGAUCUCUUUAAUGGGGGCUACCUGCCCGGUAUUUAUGCAGGUCUCCACAAGGUGGACACUCCCCGAGGGGACCUUGUGGAAGACUGUAAAAUAUAUUAGACAGUAGCCAAUCGCAGUGGCUUCAAUAUAAGCCCUUCCCAUCUUACCCAUAAAUCCAUCUUCUCUACCCCGGAGAUAAUUAGGAAGAAACCUAAUUAUCUCCCAGGGUAGAGACAAUCGCCAUUUUAAAUUACAGUAGUAAAAAUACAUUAAAAUACAUAACUGAAGAAAUACCGAAUGAAUAUAGUUCGUGUAACGUAUCCCCAGACAGCCUGGAUCUGAGUGCAUGUUUUCACCGAAUAGCGCUCAGAUCCGAUGUAUCUAGUCGAAUCGCCAUGGAGUCAAAGUCUUUUACCAGUCCUUCGGUAUACGAAUGACUCCAUGGGACGGCUGUCUGGGUAAAAGUCCAUACGAAUGAAUAAAAACUCCCGAACGACCGACGUUCGCAUGCCUUGUCGAAAUAGAAGAAUUAAGUGUCCGUUUUUAGUUCCAUACAAUUUGUACCGAACACCGCUAUGCGCUCGUGUGUCCCAAAAUGGCCGCUGCCUCGUGGUCGACAUGCGAACGACGACCACCCGUACGAAUGGAAUGGAGAGGUAUCUGCGUUAACCACAACGUUCUAAUUGGGGCCAAGAGGUUAACCAGCAGCACACUCCUCUCCUGGGUGGUCGUUCGUUCGGUAGUUUCAAUCGGUAGUUUGCAAAUUACACGAACGGGGGUAUACGAACAGGAAAUCCAGCGAACAAAGGGAAACAGACGAACCAGCAAUACAGAUGAAUCUGUCACAGUCAAUACGAAUGGCGGCCACCCAGCAUUCGUCAAUUAAGCUGCGGUUAACCGCAGCUUCAGGGAGGUUAAUUGCCGGCACACUCCAGCUCCCAGGUGGUCUAUUCACUCGUGCGGUUGUUCGGUAGAUUGAAUCUACCGAACACCAGGCAGAAAAGCACGAAUAAGUCUUUUCUGCAGGGAAAAAAGAUGUCUUUUAACAUGGGGCCAUAGUCCAAAGGCAGCAGGCGAGCAACCAGGCUUCUCCAGUGUACAGUGGCGAGGUUGGUUUUGCCACAGGUUCAAAAGAUAGAUCGAAGUCCUUUGUGACCAAAUAAAGCAUGGCUUUUCUGCCCAAAACUAGUUCCACAGAGUCUUCUAUCCUGGAGAUAAUUGGGAAGUAAUCCAUGUAUCUCCAAGGACAGAGGCAAAACUCCAUUGAACACAUGGCAGCAAAAGACAAUAAAACACAUAAAAAUAUAUAACUGUGCAGCCAUUGCACAAAACAGUGCAGCCAUUGCACAUAACUGUGCAGCCAUUGCACAAAACAGAUAGCUCAGAUCUGAGCGCACAUUAUUACUGAAUGGCGCUCAGAGCACACACAUACAGUUCAAUUGCCAUGGAGCCUAAGUCUUUCCCAUAGUCUUUCAUUAUACAAAUGGGCUCCAGGGCAUAGCUAUCUGGGGUAUCACCGUUCAAACAGGGCAAGCACCGAAUGACCCGGCUUUUGUGUCUUUGCAGGGGAAAAUCAAGUUUUCAACAUGGGGCCAUAGUCUAAAUGGCGGGCAACCAGGCUCCUCCAAUGCACAGUGGCGAGAUUGGUCUCAUCACAACCGUAUUAUCGCUGUGAUAGUGCGGGAGGAGUCUUGAUGUUGAGUGUGUGUGUGUGUAUGAUAAUACAGUGUGUUAUUACCGUGUUAGCGCUGUGAUAGUGCUGGAGGAGUCUGAAUGUUGUGUGUGUGUAUGAUAAUACAGUAUGUUAUUACCGUAUUAUCACUGUGAUAGUGCUGGAGGAGUCUGAAUGUUGUGUGUGUGUAUGAUAAUACAGUGUGUUAUUACCAUAUUAUCGCUGUGAUAGUGAACUCAAUGCCGUUCUAUAUUCCACAGAAUCUAUAUCUCUAGAGUGAUAAUGUAUAAUAGUAAUUAUGAUUUUUAUAUUUUAGGGAAAUUAUUAUUGGGUACUGUAAAUCCUGUGAUCCAGCAGCAGCGAAGAACUGAACUGGAUGACAAAAGAAAUACACACCGGUAAGAUGCCAACCAGCCGCAGAAUGUGGCACAGCCAGGUGGAGGGCAGAGUAAUUCUUUUGAGAUAUACAAUAAUCUAUUUAAAUGGAGUUAACCAACAUUGGAAGCAUCCUGGCCGCUCAUGUUUUUAUCUGUCUCUCAGGUGGCGAUUUUACUCAGAAGGCGUUCCCUUUUGCAUACAUGUGGAUAACAUUAAAGAUCUACUAUUGAAUGAUCAAUACUCCUCCACAAAAAUAACAAGCUUUCUCGCUACUUCAGCCACAACGUAGGUAUCCUGUGCAGUGUAAUACGCAUUGAUAGUCAUUGAUGACAUUCAUGUACUAACCCAUCCUCCCGUGAACUUCUUGUUUAACACACAGUGUGAUUGCUACUAAGCUGAAAGGAUAUGAUAGCAGCACAGCAUCGUGGAGGAACCUAAAUGAAAUGGAGAGGGUCUUCUAUUUCAUCACAACAAAAAAUUCAGGUUUGUUUGUCAUAGAGGCGUUGCUAGGUUCCAGAAACACCUGAAGCUUGAUGUGAAGACCCCUGCACUAACAGUGAGGCCUCUCUAUGCUAUGUCCCCAGCUCUCUCCCUAUGACUGUCAUGCCCCUUGUGUAGGAUCUGAAAGUAUGGGUGGAAACAUGCACACACUAUACAGUCAGUUACUGAGCUCGCUCCUAACCAACCAUACUACUCAUAUGCUGGGCAGAACUUUGCACCAAGCAGCCCCUUGCUGACAAUCACCUAGGGCAGGGGUCAGCAACCUAUGGCUUUGUAGCGGAGAGCUGAUUUCCCACAGCUAAACUCCAAUAUAUUAAGAGGAUGCAGGAGCAAGUAGUAAAUCCAAGAGAAUAUUCAGCACAAUCAGCAAUACAAUCCAAUAGUAUCCCAUCACCUUUCCCAAUCACUGGACAACACACAGUAUCAGGAGUAGAACUAACUUUUAAUGGCAACAUUCCUGCUUUUAUGAGAUUCUCCCAUGCAAGGGAGGGAUUCACCACAAUUAGUACAGUAACCAAUCCCAUAGACGUUACCUCCCACACAUCUCCUCCCCUUAGAUUAGCAAAUAAUACAAUUAUGCAAGGCAUACUUUUCCCCACUUUUCAGAUGUACCCCAAAUAUGUGGAAUAUCCCCUUUAAUAUGGUAGCCCUGAUCUGGGUGAGAAACAUAUCCAAAAAUCACCCAGAUCAGACCAGGGGUUCGGGAGUUAUCCAUAGUACAUUCGGUAACGCCCUAGUUACCAAAUCCCUCUAAUCGUGGGAUUCAUCCUACCGAAAGCCGGGCCGUUCGUGGGUUUCCAUCAGUGAAUUCUGAAGUCCUGGAGGUCUUAGCAGUGUUCGGCUAGUUGAGUGUCCGUUUUGAGUUCCAGACAGUCGACGACCAAACACCACUGUUCGCGGAUUUAAAAUGGCUGCCACGUGUUCGGCUGCCGAAAUGGCGAUCACCCAGGGAUUAUAGCGGCGUUUUCGUGCGUACAAGGGAAUAUGAAAAGCAAUCAGGGAGGUAAAUUAUAUCAAUUCUUCACAUCAGGGUGGUCCGGUUCAUUUGGUACUUUGUUCGUAUGGUGAAUUUAGUCGUUCACAUGUAAGCUGGUAUUCUUAUGCCGAACAAAGUAUGGCCACAUCUAGUUACAUGGAAUUUUGUGUACUCCAGGCACAGGAAAAUCUCUGCAGUGCCAACAAUAAACAAAAGGAAUGGGACAGCCAAAAAUGGGUUCUGCUACACCCUUUGCAUGGCACCUUUAAAAAAAGCACAACACCCUCACACACAGCACACAAACAGCACCCUCACAAACACACACACAAACAGCACCCUCACAAAUACACGACACUCACACAAACAGCACCUUCACAGGACAAACACACACAAACACCCUCACACACAAACAGCACAGUCACAAACACACACACACACACAAACACCCUCACAUCACACUAACAGCACCCUCACACACACAUCACACUAACAGCACACAGCACCCUCACACAGCACACUAACAGCACACACAGCAGUGUAUGUGUGUGUGUGUGUGUGUGUGUGUAUAUAUAUAUAUAUAUACACACACACACACAUGCGGCGUGUGUUUGUGCCUAUGGUUUUACACACAGACACAUGCACACACCUUGACACACAGAUACACACACUGAUACACACACUGGCAAAUACGCAACUUGACACACAGGUGCACUGGCACAUACACACAGAUACCCACACACACACUCAGUAACACACACUGGUACAUACUUCCAAACAAAUAUGCUCACACUUGCACAUUCACACAAAUAUGCACAUUGGCACCUACACACAGAUACACACACAAUUUACAAACAUUGUAGCUACAAGAUAGCUUACCUUUUGGGGUCGGGGCUGAGGCAUUUAUGAGUGAGCAUGUAGCCUCUUCCCUCUCACGCGGCUGUCUCUUUAACUGGGAGGAAGUGAGGGGAUGUGCCAUUUAAAGGGCUACCCCUAGGUUUAGGGGUACAUCAAGAAACUGGGGAAAUUUGUGUACAGUAUAAGGGGAUUAUGAUGCAGGCUGAGGGUAGGAGAUGUGUGGGAGGUUACUACUGCCGGAUUGGAUACUGUAGUAAUUAAUGAAAAUCCCUCCCUAGCAUGGGAGCAUGCUUUAUAAGGCCACUGUGAAAUAAAGGUUUUUAGUUCUGCUCCUGAUACUGUGUGUCGUCCAGUUAUUGGGAUUGCUGUUGGGAUAUUGCUGGAUUAUUUUACCUGCUGGAAACCUUGCUUUAUGGAUUUAUAAUUACUUGUUCCUGAGCCUCACUGGGAUCUUAAGCGGAGAUAACCUGGGGAAUACUGGAUUUCCGCUACAGGCUGCUUUGAGAAGGAAAUGUCUGAAGUAAAUUUUUUAAACUAGUAUUUUGUUACUCUUCAUCCACUUGGACCCUCACACCCACAUCCCCACCUCAACCCUCAGAGUCCUAAUGUGCAUCAAGCAAAACUUAACGAGGAUCUGGUGAAGUUAAAAGAAAUGUGUAUUCUACUCAAAUUCAACACUCAGAUGUGAAUCCCAGCUUGCAUAGUUUGGACACAAAACGUUCACAUUUUUAAAUGAUGAUUUGGCUGUGCUGUGUGGUUUUUUAAAAUUAUUUUGUCUUACAGAGCGAGUUUCCCAAGUAUGGAAGGGGGACACCUUUUUUGGGUACCAGUUUCUGAACGGAGUAAAUCCAAUACAAAUCCAACAAUGUUCCAGCAUUCCUGACAACUUCCCAGUGACUGACCACAUGGUGGCUGGGUCUCUAGGGACUUCCACCAACUUCCAGACAGAACUACAGGUGAGAAUGUCCAAUCAAUCAAAACAGUAAAGUAUCCACGGAGAUGUUUUCAGAGUUUUCAGCUCUUCAAUUAGUAGAGGAAGCUCUGUGGUAGUUAUGGUGCUGGGAGUUUUUUAAGGAUGUGAUGGGGUGGAGGGGAACAGUCAUGGUUUAUGUAAUAGAAACUUUGUAUUAGAGAUAUCAAGUAUCCCAGGAAAUACAUAAAAGCACUGUGAACAAUCUAUAGUAUCUCAUCAUGGAUUGCUAACGUUUACAGCAAUGAGUAGCAGAACAUAUGUGGUGCUAGAGAGCAGAUUAUGUGUUAUUGAGUUAACUUGAAAUCCAGUCCAUGUUGACCACAUCUCUCCUGUUGUUUCCUAGCCAGAAAAUAAUACAAAACUGAUCUUGGAGUUAUCAGUAAAGUGACUAACAAGGACUCUAUUUGUAUCUCACUUUACAGAAAGGGAACGUCUUUCUGGCUGAUUACAAGAUUCUCCAAGGACUGCCAAUCAAUACAAUCAAUGGCCAAAAGCAAUACCUCGCUGCCCCGCUAUGUCUCCUUUGGAGAAGUCCCCAGGAUUAUAUAAUUCCUAUAGCAAUCCAGGUGAGGAAUGUGAAGGUGAUGAAUCUGUAUCUUACAGUUAAACUAAAACCAUUUAUACAUACUACCCUAAAACAUAAUAUGCAUUUAUUUAAUGACAGGGAAGGGACACUAUAGUCACCAACAAAUGUGUUUUAAUGAAGCAGUUUUGGUGUAUAGAUCACGCCACUGCAACCUCACUGCUCAAUUAUCUGCCAUUUAGGAGUUAAAUCAACUUGAUUAUGCAGUCCUUGCCACACUUCUCCGAAUGUUACCUGCACAGUCUUCCUAAAUAUUCCUUUAAAGAAGUAAAUGCUUAAACUUCCUUUAAUGUGCAGUGUGUUUAACUUAGAAUUUCAUGCCUCAUGCUCUGUUAAUUGUCUGCUAGAGCUUGCUGCAGCCUCCUGUGUGUGAUUAAAGUUCAAUUAACAGAGAAUUAGAUAAGAACUUUUAUCAUAAACACACUGUGCUGUAAGAUAUAUUUGAAAAUGAAACCAUUUUUUUCAUGCAGGCAGUGUGAGACACAGUCAGGGGAGGUGUGGCAAGGGUUGUAUAAACAGAAACAAAAGUGAUUUAACUCAUAAAUGGCAGAGAAUUGACCAGUGAGGAUGCAGAGGUAUGAUCAAUACAGCAAAACCACUUCAUUAAGAUAAAGUUGUUUGGUGCUUAGAGUAUCCCUUUAAUGACAGUGAAGUUAAAUUAUAGUAAAAUAAGCCAUAUCUUAAGAAUACAUAUGUUAACACAAUAAGUAGUCAUAUUAUUUGAGGAAAGAAAAACAAGUAGCAAGAGAGGUGAGAACAGACAACAGCUCAAUUAGCCUGCCCUUUGGUGGGUCCCCGUUAAGGUCUCAAGCUGGUUUUGGCUCAUCUUGUGUCUUUACAGAGAGAACAUAUCUGAAGUAUAUGAGACUGGUCGGCGCCAUCUUGGUUUUUUCCGAGCGCCGUGGAGGAGUGGUUCCCUGCUCACCACUGAGCAGGUAAGCUCAGCAUGCUGGAGUGGUCGUGCCGCUCGGGCACAGAUGCACAUCACAGCGAGCCGUGACAGUACCCCCCCACUCGAAGACUGCUCACCGGGCAGGAAGGAGCCGGCUUGUGAGGAAAACGGUUGUGAAACGACUGGACAAGACGGGGAGCAUGAACCCGGUCAGCAGGAAUCCAACUACGUAUCCUUUCCAGUCAACCAGAUAAGAUAGAACACCUCUAGAGAACUUGGAGUCUAAUAUAGAUCGGACUUCGUACUCGUCUUGAUCCCCUACUACCCAGGGCGUAUUGAUUGCAAGUGAGGGGCUUAAGCAAUGAUACAUGGAAAGAAUUGUAUGUUUUGUAUUCGGUGCCCAACUAGGUCCAUCUGGGCGUCACUUUUGCUAUAAAACAUGUAUAAAAGACCCGUGUGUGCCAUUAAACCUUCUGUUCCUGUUUGACCCUCCACACGUAGUCUUGUCUCGUGAUUGGAGAGGAACUGCUAUAAUCACACUCGGGAUUGCUAUACUCUGUAUACUCCCCUGGGUUCUAAUCACUUAGCUCUUUUAAGAGCUGUUCCUGUUACGCUGUCCUGAAGGAGAGGUCUCUCCCACACGGUCCAUGAUGUCAUUGGUUGAUCCAGGGUGGAAGGAAGACGGCAGUUAAGCUACGGCGGUUGAGGAGUCUGCGGUGGUUGUGUGUCCAGUGCGGUGCUUAUGGUCCUCGGCGUCAGCUAGGAAGCAUCCGUUAACGGAGGUACCCAGUCGGGGUGCCAGGAGAUCUGUUACAAUGAUCAUUACAAAUACAUUGCUGUGACAAACAUAAUAAAAUUUAAAUUACAAAACAUGUCACAAAAUAUACAGGAAAUUAUAAUAGCAUUGUGACAAACGCUCCUUACCCUUUAUGUUUGCCACAAACUCCUGGAGGAGUGUGGAAGCUAGCCUCCUGCCCACCAACUAUGGGCAAUAUACCUUGUGCCAAACUUAAUAUUUUUCCCUUUUGUUCACAAGACAUUUCCCUGGUUUGUUUUAUAUAGUUCCCAAACAGAAACACUUUCUCUGCGUUCGGUAGAUAAAUCUACCGAACACCGACCACUCCACUGGCUCAUUAACUACAAAGAAACCACAGACUUAAGUGCUCUUUCUGUGUGUUCACAGUUCAUAUAACGUGCUGGAGAAAACAGCGGCCAUCUUGUCGCACGAUUGAUCUCGUGAACACCGGUAAAAUUAUAUGAACGCCUGCUGCUUUCUGCGACAAGCCAGGAGAGUGCUGUUCGUUAGGUUUGUUCGCACGAACAAGCUAAACAAACGCUACCUAUGAGCCAGGGGAAUCGUUCGACAGUUUGUUCGACCGCUACCACUGAAUCUCUGGAACAGAUUUGGGCAUACGCCUCCAGUGCGGUAGGUCAAAACUUUACCCUGGUGGCAAUUAGGCUGUAUUCGUGGAAUCUGAGCGCUAUUUAGACAAUUUGGGCAAUGUGUGCCUUGGUGACAAUAAAUUGCCUAUGACUGAAACCUGGAGUGCCCAAACCUUUCUUUUUUCUUCUAUGAUUUCUGAGAAUUGGUGCUGAGCCCUGGUGUCAUGUUCUCGAUCAGGUAAGAUAGGAUACGAUUGCCAGAUUUAACAGAAGUGACAUUAUUCGAUGCCUUUGACAUGAUAACAGUAUUUUUAGUAUAAUAAAUAAUAAGCAAAAGGGAGAAAUAAUCGUUAAGGAAAUAUGCCCUAUAAAGUAAACAACCAAGAGUGCAAAUCAAAUUUCAGCAAUGUCCAGAUAUGGGUUUUGCAGGUUGUAUUUGUUACGGUACCCUCAGCAUCAAAUGCACAAACCGCCGUUUAGUGAAUCCUCCCUUCUUGCAAUAACACAGGCUUCAUGCGUAUCAAGUACAAUCAUACGAACCGCAAGCAGGGGAACGCUGUAAACUCACGAACGGGAUCCGUACGGGCACUUCACUUCACAAGCUCCAAACUCACGAAUCGCCAAUAGUAGCCGAACGCAUAUAUCUCCCAAGCGGUAAUAAUCCCAUCCGGCAGUCUCUAGUCGUCGGUAAUAAAUCCCCACAAUAACGAGACCAAGCUCCGCAUUGAGGGUAAAACAUGAACUGGCUUUACUGUGGGCUACCUGCCCGUAUUUAUGCAGGUCUCCCACUUGGGGACCAAAUGGGAGACUGUAACAAAAGACAUACAUAUGGCAGGUUAGGACCCACAGACACAGAAUAUUCCCAGCAUGCAUUAGUAUUUCCUCCCCUCUGCCCUGGAGAUAAUUGAGAAGUAAUUCAAUUAUCUCCAGGACAGAGGCAAAUCGCCAUUUUAAAUUCCACACAGAAAAACAUAUAAAAAUACAUAACUUUACAUUUGUAGAAUGUUACCCAUUUGUAUCACAUAUCCCCGGAUACCCUGGAUCUGAGUGCAUAUUAUUGGCGAAUAGCGCUCAGAUCCCAUACGCAUAGUUCAAUCGCCAUGGAGUCAAAGUCUAUUACAGUCUUUUGGCAUGCGAUUGACUCCAUGGGAAGGCUAUCUGGGGUAAGUCCAUCCAUGCGUUUAAACCUCCCGAACGGCCAGUGUUCGCACACUUCUGUCGAUUGAGAAUGGAGGUUGGCGGCUUCAGCGGUGUUUGGCUGAAAGUGUCCGUUUUCAGUUCCAUGAAAUCAAUGCCGAACACCGCUGGUCUUUCGCAUGGUUUAAAAUGGCUGCUGCCUCGUGGUCGACAUACGACCGACGACCACCCUGUAUUCGGUUUUAAUUGAGAAGUGUCUGUGGUUAACCACAACGUUCUAAUUGGGAUCAAGAGGUUAACCAGCAGCACACUUCUCUUCUGGGUGGCCGUCCGUUCGGUAGUUUGUUCGGCAAAAAACGUCCAUUAUACGAACAGAGGCAUAUGAAUGAGUAGUUCCACGAAAACGGCAAAACAGACGAACCAGCAAUCCCAAGUUAUACAGGUGGAUCUGUCACAGUAUUUAUCAAGGUAAUUAGGAUAAUUUCAAUAGCAAUCCAAGAAGGAAGGGUGCAGGAUUGAAUGAAUCAGGUAAGCUGGUUCAAUCAAUAGUAGUCAACGUAGUUAUGGUGCAGGUUUGAAGCAAUUCAGGCAGGUAUGCAAUACAGGCAAGCACAGGAGAGUUCAUAAUAAUCCAAUAUUAACACAGGAUACAGGUGAGUAUGAUGUGACUAGUGGCAAAAACCAGGAACUGCAUUUAAAGGAGCGGUAACAAAAAGAAAAAAGUCUUGCUUAUCAUCAUAAGAAUGUGACACCUGGUUUGUUUGCACCCUUGGUCUAAGGAUGAAGGAUUGAGUGCAGUUCCUGUUAGUUAUCAAUGUUAUUAUGCUUAGUCAUUCUGGCUCAGAUAUUCAUGGGAGUGUUGUGGGGGUGUUCUGGGCAUGGUUCUGUAUCCUUGCUGUGUAUAUAAGUGGGCCAUCUGGCCAUAAAGUCAGUCUUCUUGUACCUUUCAUCAAGUCUAGGCUGAUGUUUGGGUAUACCAGAGCUAAAUUCACUAUGUCACUUGGGAUUUGGAGAACUACAGCAGAUGUACUCAGUCAGAGUAUAGGGGAUCCAUUACACUGGUGGUAGGCGGCGGGAUUUUUCUCCCAAAUGGAUAUCCCAAACCAGGAAGUGCAGUGAAGGGUCUAGCAGCGUCCCUGUCUAAAGAGGAACUCAGGAGAUGGAGCAAGCUAGCCCCGGGCAGCAACCCCAUAUGAGGAGGAGUUCCAGUGGAGACUACAAGGUGCACUGGCCUAGGAUUAUGGCCCUAUUUCAACCAAGGAGGAACUUGACUGGAGAGAGGAGAUACAGCGAGAUCUCUGGUACAAGGCCCUGGAGCAGACUCAAGUUCCAGCGGGAGUGAGCCUUCCCAGUUCAGAACAGUGCAGACAGAAGCAAGCAGUGCUGAGGAUGCUUUGACUGGAGGAUCCGCCCCGGGAAGAGGGAAUCAUAGAACUCCAGCGUCUGAUCAAGAAGGGACUGUGGCUGGACAAAGCAUACCGGGUGCUAUGGUGGUACUCGGUCCAAAGGUCCCGUGAAUGGCAGAAAACAAAAGACCAGAGGGUGAUGACUACAAUGACCCUGGUCUAUUCAGGAGGAGUUGGAGGAGGAUUGGGACUUUGGCAGCACGGAGGAGUCUCGGUAUUGGGAAAUCUAGGAGUACUGUAAAGACGCCCUGGAGGUUUCUAAUACUACAGGCCGGGACCCAGAUAUCACCCGUCUGGUUGCACUAGAAUGGGAACUGGAGCAGGAAUACCAGAACCUUCGAGAAUCAGUUCAACACUGGGACAGCGACGCGCAAACAAGGCUAACAAGCAUAAUAACAUAUUUAUAAAGGGAUGGGGAAGACAAUAACCAGCACAAAAUAUCUGUCCUGCCUGCAGAAUUUCCAAUAUUCAAAUCUACCUGAAUAUGCAAUUUAACCAGCGUUGCUAUUCAGGUAGUGUAUAUUGCUGUUGCUACCAACAGAGGGCGCUCCACUGCCAAAUCCGCCUAGUUGGUAGCAAUCCUCAGCAGUACAGGAGAGCAGGCAAAACAUUUAACAGCAUGCACACACACACACAUUAUAAACACCCUGCACCUAUAAUGGGCACAGGUUGACUUAGACAUAGGAGCCAUUUAGGAACCAUUGUAAAAUGUCCUUUUGCUCCCAGUGAUAGUGACUACCAUCACACAAGGUAAGUAAAAAAAAAAUAUUGCCUCAACAUUUUAGACGGGAGUUUGACUGAGGCAAGGCAAUAGAGGAAGCUCAAGAGUUUGCUUCAAUCCUCAAUGUCUACUUCAGUCCUCACCCUACUUCAAGAGUGCGCGUGACGUAGUUGUGGUGGUGAAAGGGUUAAAGUUCACUAUAUGUCUGCACUAGACCGGAAACAAUGAUAACAUCCCACUUAACACCACCCACACUUAACCAUAAUAAUAUAAAUAUUACUAUUUUAACACCGCCACUGCCAAGACAAUUUAUAAAUGGGGUGCCUUGGUCCCCCAGGAGACGUAAUAAUAAAAACCCACAAAAUACAACUUAGCACAAUACCUAUGCAAUUGCAAAACACUCAUUGAUUAGUCUCUUCAGGUAACGUGAUUCUUUACCGGACAAAGGCAGAACUUAAUAAAAGAAUAUUUAUAAUGAGCAAAAAAUAGUCACAAUGCAUACAACAAUUAGAUGAUAUAUUAUUUACACCAACAACAGAUAAAAACAAAAGGGAUAAAAAAAAACAGAAGUUCUAAACACUUACUCACAUAGGUUUUCAAAGUAAAACUUCUGCCCAGGGGAUCUCUGGCAAGGAAGAUGGUGAUUCACUCAAUUAGAUUCUGACCCCAAGCAAGUACAAACACAUUUCAGAAUCAUUAGAUAGAUACCCUGUGGAUUACCAAGCCUGACCUAGAGGUGGAGAGGUGGAGAGGUAGAGGCCACAGAAAUAAUAAUUGCAUCUAUGAAUGUGUUACCAUUUUUCCAUUCCAUAGAUAUGUCACACUCCUUACUUGUAAGCUAAUAUAGCGGACAUCACAAUCGCUUGUCAUAUGGUUAAGUUACGCAAAUCAUGUUUAGACUUGAUUAGAAGAUUGUGCUUGUCCCAUUCUAAAUAUAAUAAACAUGAGGCUUAAUUAUUUUCUGUGGGUAAGUAUUAAUAUUUCUUUUGGAUAUGAUACAUGAACACAAGGCUAAUGAUCAAUAAUGUAUUAAAGAAAUUAACUAAUCAAUUAAGAGGUACGGGCCAUAUGGUUGAAGUCAGUUUACAUUGGAACUAGACAUACAGGCACCUCAAGUGUAGAAUUUCACACCUUGCAGAGCCUUUGAUUAAUCAAAGGAUCAAUCCAUGUUGUAAACCAUCUACCCCUUUCACAUUCCUAUACAAUUUACAUUACCCCUUCUAUCAUCUGACCUCUACCAAGUGGCCAAACCGUAUAUGUACUACACAGAUUUCAUUAAAUGACAAUAUUCUAUUAUGCACCCUUGGCGUGAAUAGGCUGUUUUAUUAAAGAAAUAAAUACUACAAGCACUAUCACCACUGCAGUGUGCUCUGCUGCCAAGAGGACCCUGGCACCUCUCCGCCCCCCCCCUCCCCCAGUUUAAGUAGUCAAACUAACUGACAAGAUGCCAUGGGUCUGCAAAGCAUUGGUCAUUUUCUUCACUGAUCCAACCUUUUUGUGUUUCUUUAUUCCAGUUGGGUCAAACCCCAGGAAAAGACUCCCCGAUAUUCCUGCCCAGUGACCCUGAGUGGGACUGGACCCUUGCCAAGAUGUGGGUGCGCAAUGCUGACUUCCAGUACCAUGAAGCUGUAUCUCACCUACUUUACACUCAUCUCUUUGCUGAGGUCUUUAGUAUUGCAACUACCAGACAGCUUCCAAUGGGCCAUCCAGUGUAUAAGGUAAGUGAUGACAACUAACUUCUAGGCAGUCCCCACUGCAGCCAAUCCAGGUGAUCUGAGUAUGUGAUCGUGAUGACACUGCAAGCAUUUGACUCAGAGUAACUGCACUUCUCGGCCCACAGGGUAUUUUAUGCAGAACUCCCCACCGCCCACCUGAAAGCCUGAAUCGCCCACUAGUUGGCGGUAGGGAUUAGGUUGAAGACCCUUGAACAUUUAAUAAACAGUUAAUAGCUAACAAAUUUCUAUUUAAUAUAAAGCAUUGUUACAAAAUGGCUAUUGUGAAAAACAAAGUCUCACAAACCAUUCAAAUAAGGACUAUGGAAAAAUGUAUAUUCUUAUGUAUUCAGAAUAUAUGGAGUUCAACUAUAAAUGUAAGGUAGGUUGGCACUGGAGGCAAGAUUGAAAUGUCCUCAGAGUCUGUCUGAAUCUAGGGCUAUAGUAAAUCAUGCACAGGUUGCAUUUUAUACAUAAUAGAAGCACUGCACCGCAUACAAUAGCACAGGGACAUAACAUCAGAAUAUGUGCUACUGGAUUUAACCAUGUUCAAAUUUUUGGAGAGAAAUAUCACCAACCAAGGAUACAGCCUAGCAGCAGUAAUUACAGAUUGGAUCUUCUGCCCCAGGCUCUUCUAAAAGGUGUAAGCUAGUUGUCAUGGGGAGUUCUUACUGCACAUAAUAUAUUAUCGUAGUCAGAAAUGCAUGUGUACUAUACACUAUUACAACCCACCAAUUCCUGCAGAAAAGUGCAGGAGAAACACUUUACAGAAGUCAGGUAGAAGUGUCUGGCAUUAACUCCACCAGACAUGACACCAUGAGCUGGUAUCCGGGUACUUCCAGCAGGAAGUGUUAGGUGGACUAUCCAGAGUGUCUAUGCCUGGUCCAGGUCAGGGAUUCUUCAGAUGGUUUUACCAUACUCAGGAGGACCCAGAGACUGUUUGCUGCAUCAUUUUAUACCUUCCAUGAGAAAUUAAGCUCAAUGACUUCACUCCUGGAGUAGUACGACUCCAUGUAAACUAUACCCUGACAUAGAGACUGCAGGGAAGGCACCAACAAUACAAGGUGGAAUAACUAACUGUGAGCUGGUUUGAGCAGGGUCUUCUUCAGUCUGUAACUGGUGGUUAUAUAUCCAUACUAUAUAUAUGUAAAGCUCUCAUGAAUAUAUUGACACUAAAUAAAUGAUAAUUAUGCCAAUAAUUACUUAUUAAACCAUUGAUAUCCAUGGAUUCACCAGGAAUAUGUUUUAAUUGUCCACCCCUGCCUAGCAACAAAUAAUUCAACAAAACUAACAAUGGGACACACAGAGUCAACUAAAAAUAUGUCCGGUCGUUAGGAUCACGUCUUGCGGCCAAAUGAACUACUAGGAAACCUACAUUUAAAUCUCGGAGCAUAUUCUAUUUGAGGAUAAUUUUUAAAAAAUUUACUUUUUUUAAAACAGAGGUGUAAUUCUUUGUGCUUCUCUCCUUUCAGCUCAUUAUCCCUCAUUUUCGCUACACUCUGGCAAUCAACACUCUCGCUAGACAAACUCUUAUCAAUCCUGGCGGAACGUUUGAUCAGGUUUGAACUAUUUAUACUUUCACAGGGAAUUUGCUGGUGUGUUUGGGAAUACAGAUUCCUAGACUGUCAGCAUAAGGAGAAUUGGUGCAAAUGGGACUAUAAUGUAACAUACAGAGAAUACAAUGUGUAAGGACAACCGUUCAUGAAGACCGUUUCUAUUCAAAGCUAAAAUAGCAAAUUGCAUUAUUUUAUUUGUAAAGGGAUUCAUUGUUACAUAGUUACAGAGUAACCUAAGUUAAACAAAAAUAUAUAUACACGGUGGAGUAUCUUACAUUUGGUCUUGAAAUACUGUAUACAAUAGGUACAAAGAAGAGUAGUUGAUGCAUGGAAUAGCCUUCCAGCUGAUGUGGUAGAGGUUAAAACAGCAAAUGAGUUUAAGCAUGCGUAGGAUAGGCAUAAGGCUAUCCUAGAUAUAAGAUAAGGCCAGUGACUAAUGAGAGUAUUUAGAAAAUUGGGCAGACUAGAUGGGCCGAAUGGUUCUUAUCUGCCGUCAUAUUCUAUGUUUUUAGCUCAAUAUUCACUUCCCACUGCCUUACAGCCAAUCCUGUCCAAGCAGGGUGAUAGCUUGAAGUGAGUCUUCUUGGCCCAAGUUACCCACAAUGCAACAAAACUUAGCAAAUAAAGUUGAAAGUAGACUCAAGUACAUGAAGUUUACCUUUUCACAUAUUGCUGUUAUUACUGCAGAUCCAAAUGAGGCAUUCAAUAAAAGUUUAAAUAUAAUAAUGAAUAAUACUUAAUAUGAAGCAAUUUAAAAUCGUGAUCCAAAAACUGAAAAACAUAAUCAAUUCUCUUUGAAUAGCCUAAUUAAUCUCCCUUUUAUAUGGUAAUUUGUAUGCAUUAUGUUGAUCAUAAUUGAUUUAAAUGUAAAAAAAAAAAGGAAAUAAAAAAAAUACCCAGCAUAACUAAGUAGAUUCUAUUUCUAGAUGUUUUACGAACGUAUUCUUCCAUUGAUCUCUUUAUACUCAGAUAACAACCAUUGGACAGAAAGGUCUAGAUGUUCUUCUUAGAAGAGCGAUGGAAGAGUUAACCUAUGACUCCCUCUGCCAUCCUGAGGACAUCAAGAACAGAGGCGUGGAGUCCAUUCCAAAUUACUUCUACAGAGAUGAUGGGAUGAAGAUCUGGCUGGCAAUAGAGAGGUAACCUUACCCGCACGUUCCUCUCACUCCAUCAUUAACAGAGAACGUGAUCUACAUGUCUACAAUAAUAACAUCCAGAGAGAUCCUGGCAAUGCCACUGUAUCCUGUGGAUUAGCUCAUCACAAUGGUGGAUACAACUUUAAAACUCACAGUAAAAUAACUUACCUCGGCUAAAUUUGUGAAAGACCUAACGGAUUUCUUGUAUAUUUCUGGAUAAAAGUGUAAUUAGGAACUCAAUGGAGAAUUCUAUAAGCCAGGCUAUAGUGUUUUAAUUAUAAAAAUCUGAUAGUUACGGAUGAUAUUUAGUCAAAAUUAAAUCCAUCAGCCAGCAAUAUACAAUAAAAAUACUUUCAUUUCUGUAUAUAGAUAUAAAAAUCCCAACUGGGACACAGCAGGGGAGACACCAAAAAAUAUCACACUUUGGGCAUCCCGUGGCCAGCAGCACUUCAUCAGAAGAAACAAGAUUCAUGUCAAAUGCGUUAAUAUAGGUGUCACACACAAACAAUAAAAUCUCAAUUAAAUAUGUUAAAAAUAAGUGAAAACAUCCAUGAUAGUCGAAACAACAUGAAAUCUGUAUGAGACCUACCCUCCAAUAUAAACAAGAACCAUAAAUAUGUCAUAAGCACAAAGCAGAGGAAUCAUUAUUUACAUUUAAUAAAAUCCAACAGUAAAUUUAUAACCUGGGUUAGAUAUUAGCGCUCAAUAGAAGCUACAAAACCUUUCAAAUGUUAUUAGAUGUACGAUAGUCCAGGUCUAAUAUUUACAGCUCGUUCCAGAGGAACAAAUUGAAACACAGACACUGAUUCGGAACUCUGUUAAGAAGAAUGGAUACAUUGUUACUGACCGGCAGUCAUUUAAUGACCCACCUUGGUAUAUCAUCAAAUGGCAUUAAAGUGAAUGCUAUUGUUCUGUCAGGGAGCUUUCCAUAGACUCCAUCAAUCUUCACUAAUGGUCAACACUUAUAACAGUGUUACAUUCUGUGCUUUCAGACUUGUCUCAGACGUGGUCCAUUACUAUUAUAAGGAUGAUGAUUCCAUCUCAAAGGAUCCAGAGCUCCAAGCGUGGGUGGGAGAAAUCUUUACAAAAGGAUUCCUGGACAAUCAGUCCUCAGGUAGGAUUCAUAAGACACACGACUGAUUGGGUCUGUCUGUCUCGGAAACCCUCUCUCUCUCAAACUGAUAUACCUUCUCCUCAAUGCUUCUAACUUUCCAUAACCAUUAUUUACUGAUAGGAAAAGGAGAGAAGGCUUUAUUCUUACAAUGUGACUUGUAUUCUCUAUUAAAACAGACUUACUGGCCUUUCAGAAAGCUACUUACCCCACAUCCAAACUAUCUAGACAUUUUUAUACCAGAGAGCUUGAGUCAUUACUUUCUACUUUCAUAUUUUUGUAUUUUUUAUGUCUACCCUGACUUGCACCGUGCCCAGUCACUAGAUAUAAUACUCUUUUUGGUCCAUAUUGUAUCGUACAUUUAUAGUUAUUUCUCCUUAUUUAUUAGCAUAUUCAUUUUUUAUACUAUUUACUCAGCCCUUAAACCAUGUGCUCCUUCCCUAUUCUGUUCACUUUCUUUCGUAUUCCCUUUAUUACUGGAACUACCUUGUCAGGAAAGCCUUCCCUGUCCCAUUCAUACUUCCAUACGUCCAAAUCAUCUCACUUCACCAUGUCCUCUCCUUAUUCCCUGUACCCCAUCAGUGUCUCCACUGACCCGUCCUCUGGGUGCCCUUAAUAUCAACUGCGUCCGAUCACAUCUGAUUGCAAUGUUUUACAUACUGUCUAAUUAAUAUUCUGGAAUUUAGAUUUACUAAAUGUAAAGCAAGAUGUCUGUCUGCUACUCUCUAGAUAACGUGAACCAUAUUUCCUGGCUGGGUUGUUUCCUUGCUUUAGGGAGACCCUAACAUAAAAGAGUAGGGAAUUGUAAGAUAUUGCUGUAUCUCUCACACAGGGUCAGUUUUCUUUCUGGAGCUAUAUCCAAUACAGUAGUUAUUGUCCCAUGUCAAUAAAUACCUUUGAAUCCAUGAACUAUUAUUUUAUAAUAUUUGAUAUUGUAACAGAGCUCCAGUACUCCGACCGAGUACCUCCACCAAGUCUACUUCCUUGUAGCUAUUAGGGACCCUGAAACACUUCAGACCCAGACGCCGAGGCUUGACUGGGAUCACUUAGGGCCUUUCCACCCUGGACCAAACACCAGACGACACAUGGUGAAGGUUAAACAGCAACUCUUUAAUGAAUCCAGCACACAUAGUUUAAGCCCCCAACAGCCUCAUUUACAUACUAUAGUACAAGGAAGGGUGGGGUCAGAGAAUAGCAAGGGCUGAUGGGAGAUUGAGGAGGGACAGAGCAGCCAGUUUAAACUGGUCUGGCAGUGUCCCUGGGACAACGCCCUGCUGGGGAAACAAUAGGACAGGAAAAAGGGGGGAGGGGGAGAUGCACAGACCAGCAAUACAUUCAACAUACCCUGCACAAAUAAUAGGCACAAUGUGACAAAACACAAAAGGAAUUAGGGAGCCCACCCAAAGUGUCUGUCUUCCAUCCCCAGUGAUGGUGACUACCGUCACAGAUAUUCCUCUAAUCCCCAGGAAUCCCAUCAUCUCUGGAAAACAAACCUGACCUGAUUAAAUACCUGACCAUGGUGAUCUUCUCGUGUUCUGCGAAGCACGCAGCAGUAAACAGCGGCCAGGUGAGUGACUACACGUUAUGACUACACUCUGUAGAUCUUGAUGUAUUGAGGGGCCUCCCAGCAGAUGUGGUAAUACACUCAGCUUUAGUAGAUUGUUGGAAUACCAAGGCAGCAAAGGCAUAACUAGGAAUCACAUGGCCCUGGUGCAAGAAUCAUAGAAAGGCCCCCUUUAUGCUCUCAUUGAUACACAGACACUGACAUACACUUACUAACACACACACACACACUCACUGACAGACACAUAGUAAUUGGCACACAAACGGUUUAACAAACACAUUUUCAGUGACAGAAACACAUACAAACUCACUGACAGAGAUACACUGACAUACACGGAUUCACUGACAGACACACACACACACUUACUGACAGACAAACACACUGAAUCACUGACACACACACACUGUCACUGAUUUGACACACACACUCACUGACAGACACACCCUCAUUGAUUUGAUACACACAGACAGACACACACUCUCACUGACAGACACACACACUCUCACCGAUUUGACACACACUCACUGACAGACAGACACAUACAUAUUGACAGACACACACACACACUCAUUGACUGGUAAAUACAGUAACUGACAGACACACACUGAUUUGACACAAACACUCACAAAUUAAAAAAAAGACACACACUCUCAUUUGACACAAACACUCACUGACAGACACACUCUAUCAAUGACAGACACAUAAUAUCACUGACUGACACACUGACAUGCACUCUCACUGAUUUGAAACUCUUGCUGACAGACACUGACAAACACACACACACUGACAGACACACUUAUUGACAGACAGACACACACACUGACAGUGCCAGACACUCUCAAAGACAGAUACAUAAUCUCAUUGAUUUGACACGUCACUCACUGACAGCCACACUGACACCCACUCUCAAUGAUUUUAAAUUGACACAUUCACUAACAGACACUGACAGAGACACACAUUUACAAAUCCUUGCACACACACUCAAAUUCAUUUAAUUAUUGUGGUUUUAUUUUUUGAGGCCCAUCCAGCCUCCCUACCUUUGGGAGAGCUAGUGAAGGUCUUCUCCAUGUGGUACAGUGGGGAUCUUAUUCCUCAGUAUGCAUUAGGAGGGGUCUACAGUGCAGCACAGACUCCUGGAGUGACUGGCCCGGUCAGAGCUGCGACCCCUGCGACCAUGGUAGUUCCACCACUGCAAGGCAGGAUAUUCUAAUGGCUGUGACUAGUAUGAGACAAACUUUUCCCGUUGCAAUUAUUUAUAUAGUGUCAACAUAUUCCUCAGCGCUCAUAGCAAUGCGAUAAGUAUCUCUCAGUGUUCUGAGGUCAAUGAUUGGAAGAGAAAAUUAAAGCAUUGCUCCCUCCACAUUAACCUCUUCUCCUCUCUGCUUUCUAACUCCGGUCUCCUCUGCGUUUGUGUGUUCGUUUUUUUUUCACACAGGUUACAGAGGUUUGUUCUGUUUAUGUAUAAUAUAAAUCCAGAGACAGGUUUGGGAUUUCAUUACAUUGAAAGUGCUAGGUAUCCAGUAACAGCAGGAAAGUGAUGGGUAAUUAUCAAAGUCCUCUAACCUGUAUUGCGGGUACCAAACAAUGAGACUGAGGACCUAGCCAGACAUCCCCAUUGUAGCUGCUAGGUAGAACCUUCCACUUACCUGCAUCUCAAGCUCAGCUAUAAUCAAAAUAAAAGUGGAAGCAUGGGAUGGGUGUAUGUGCCGUGUAAGGUAUGUUUCUGUAUUACAAGGGGUGAUGAGAGCAAUGGAAGAUGGUCCAAGUUAGAAGGAGCUAGUUCUAGCUCAGAGUAUACUGGAGGCUCACAGUAUGGCUAUGUACACAUGUAUUAAGGAUGUGUGUGAGUACUAAAAAACGGGGGAGAAUAAAUCUUGCUCCCAUUAUAUUUGGGUAUUGGCAGUGUAUUGACCAGAGAAAUAAAUAAAGCACUUUAUUGGUGAAACAUAUUAUCAAUAACUUAUAAUCCUUGUUUCCUUGUAAUAACCGGAUGGUGCAAUGAAUGUUAUGAGUCUGCGAAGAUGUUUCCUUUAUAUCUGGUUUUGUAACCUGUCUCUGUCUUGUAUUGGCCUCAGUUUGACUUCUGCUCCUGGAUGCCGAAUUGUCCAUCAUCCAUGAGGAAGCCCCCUCCUACCAUAAAAGGCACGGCCACCUUGGACAGCAUCCUGCAGAUCUUGCCACAAGUUAAUACGACAACUAGAACUAUGACAGUGGUCUGGGUGCUGAGCAACGAACCCCAGGACCGGGUGAGUAUCUGUCACAUGAGAUCCCACAGUGUGUAAAGGUACAGCGAGAAGGGGACAGCAUUGUCUAUUUUAAAUAUAAACAUGAUCAAAACCACCAAUAACAUUAGGACAGGCAAAAUACUCAAAAUAUAUUAAAUAUAUGCCACAAGUAUAAACAUUUCACUCGCCACUGUCCAUUGGCAGGUAGAAAUUCCCCCCCGGGAGGGUAUACUAUGGCUUGCAGGGGCGAGUAACUUUCAAGGCCUGGCUAAUAACAUAGGGUUACAAAUUGUGAUACUCUACGUCACAAUAAAUAAUAUACUGUAAUAGGGAUCCCAUCUUCACACCAUUCCCCUCAUUGUUGCACUGCAAGACUCUCAUCCACACAUUGCUUGAGAAAUGCAGCAAAUGGAUGUACGCCAUCUACCUAUAACCUCCCUUAGUUAUCUCAGUAUAAUGGAGGUUAGAGGGCAAUAAAUCACAUGUGGAGUCAUUAGUGAAAGUAUAAAUGGUCAUACACUGGUUAAUGAGACAAGAACACAAGUAAGUAGAAGUAUAGAUCAGGGUGUUGCCGUGGAUGUGAUCUAUUUGGAUUUUGCCAAGGCAUUUGAUACAGUUCCACACAAUAGAUUAGUGUUCAAACUCAAGGAAAUCGGUCUAGAUGAAAAUGCUUGUUCUUGGGUAGAACAUUGGCUUAAAAACAGAGUACGAAGAGUUGUCAUUAAUGGUAAAUUUUCAAGCUGGACAGAGGUGGCAAGUGGUGUCCCUCAGGGGUCUGUUCUGGGAACCCUUCUAUUUAAAGGACCACUAUAGUGCCAGGAAAACAUACUCGUUUUCCUGGCACUAUAGUGCCCUGAGGGUGCCCCCACCCUCAGGGACCCCCUCCCGCCCGGCUCUGGAAGGGGUUUAAACUUACCUUUUUCCAGCGCUGGGCGGAGAGCUCUCUGCCUCCUCUCCUCCUCCGAUCCCCGCGUGAAUGCGCCGCACGCGCUUAAGGCUUCUUGUAGCGCAUUCCAGCUGAUCAACAUUUACAAUGCUUUCCUAUGGACGCUUGCGUGCUCUCACUGCUUCAAACUCCCGAACGGCAAUACACGAACUGCUGCUAGCCGCCGAACAACAAUAUCAACCAAGCGGCUUUCGUUCCAUCCAGCAGUCUCUAAACAUGAAGAAGAAAUCCCCCCAAUAACGAGACAGAAGCUCCGCAUUGAGGGUCAAACAGGAUCUGGCUUUACUGUGGGCUACCUGCCCAUAUUUAUGCAGGUCUCCCACCUGGUGGACACUCCCCUAGGGGACCAAAUGGGAGACUUAAAUGACAGACAGAUAUGGGGACAUUCCAGACACACAGUCACAGAUUUUACCCACAGUGCAUUAUGAUUCCCUCCCCUCUGCCCUGGAGAUAAUUACCAAGUAUCUCAAUUAUCUCCAGGACAAAGCCAGUCGCCAUUUUAAAUAUAAAAUCAUAAAAGACAUAAAAAUGCAUAACUUUAAAAUAACCGAACAUUUCCCAUUCGUAUCACAUAUCCCCAGAUAGCCUGGAUCUGAGUGCAUAUUAUUAGAGAAUAGCGCUCAGAUCCCACACACAUAGUUCAAUCGCCAUGGAGUCAAAGUUCUUGCAGUCUUUCGGUAUAUGAAUGACUCCAUGGGAAGGCUAUCUGGGUUAAGUAUUUUCGUAUGCUCCAAACCUCCCGAACGGCCGGUAUUCGUAUGCUUUCGUGGAGACAGCCAGGCGUUCCGUUGUUUCAGCGGUGUUCGGCAGAAAAAGUGUCAGUUUUUGGUUCCAUAGAAAUAGAGCCAAACACCGCUGGGCUUUCGCGUGGUUUAAAAUGGCCGCUGCCUCGUGGUCGACAUACGAACGACGACCACCCUGAAUUCGGUUUAAUUGAGAAGUGUCUGCGGUUAACCACAACGUUCUAAUUGGGAUCAAUAGUGUUACGACACGUACCGUCGGGUAGAUGAAGCCGCCGUUUAGGCAAUAAUCCCCUUCUCCAGAAAUGCAGUUUAAAUCCAGCCGAUCGCCAAACUCCCGAACGAAGUCCGCGAACACGGCAACUCCCGAUCAGCCAAACAGUCGAACGCCUUCCACAGCUAGAAAUACGAAAACGCUGUCCCAAUAAUAAUUCCCCCCACAAACGAGACCAAGCUCCGUCUUGAGGGUCAAAUGAAGAUCUGUUUAAUGGGGGCUACCUGCCCAGUAUUUAUGCAGGUCUCCACAAGGUGGACACUCCCCGAGGGGACCUUGUGGAAGACUGUAACACAUAUUGGACAGUAGCCAAUCGCAGUGGCUUCAAUAAUAGCCCUUCCCAUCUUGCCCAUAAUUCCGUCUUCUUUACCUUGGAGAUAAUUGGGGAAGAAACCUAAUUAUCUCCCUGGGGCACCUCUCUGUAGGCAAACAACAGAUGAGGCAGGAAUCGCUCCCAGUCUCUGCAAGUGUCAGAAAAGGUCCUCAGCAUCUGUUUGAGGGUGCCAUUAAAUCGCUCGCAGAGACCGUUAGUCUGUGGAUGGUAAGGUGAGCUAAGCAGCGGUUUAAUACCGCACACCUUCCACAGUUGCUGGGUGAGCACAGCGGUGAAUUGGGUUCCCUGGUCAGAGAGAAUCUCUUGAGGGAACCCGACUCUGGUAAAAAUCCUAACCAGGGCAUCAGCAACUGUCUCUGCCUCUAUAUUGGACAGCGCUACUGCCUCCGGAUAGCGAGUGGCAUAAUCCACCACGGUGAGAAUAUAUUUCUUACCGGAUGGGCUAGCCCUGGCCAGUGGACCCACAAUGUCAACGGCUAUGCGGGCAAAGGGCUCCCCAAUGAUAGGCAUAGACAUAAGCCUAGCUCUUGGGUGGUCCCCCCGCUUUCCUAUCCGUUGACAUGUGUCACACGUACUGCAGUAUGUCCGCACAGCCUGAUUGAAGUUUGGCCAAAAAAAGUUCUGCAUGAUCCUAUAGGCUGUGCGGCGAGAACCUAGAUGUCCAGCUAACGGAACAUCAUGCCCUAUCCGCAGAAUCUCCUGCCGGUAUUUCGCGGGCACUACCAGCUGUCGAUUCGGCGGAGGGGCAACACUCUUCGGGGAAAGCUUGGGGAUCCUAUACAACCUGUCCCCCACCCACUCAUACCGUUCCCCAUCUAAUCCUUCCUCUCCAGUAUCUGCUCUGUCCCUAUACUUCUGGAGGGUCGAAUCUGUCUGAGUUUCCCUCCCAAACUCCUCUGGGGAAUCCCAGUUAACAAAGGUCUGUGCUAUGGUACCAGUCGGGGACUCGGUCCUUACCUGGGUCUCAGCAGCAGGUGGGCUGGUUCCAGCAGCACGGGUCUGGGCACGGGUAGUCACUGGGUUGAUAGCGGCAGGUCCCAUUGGAGCAUAAGCGGACACCAAAGGGGCCAAGUCAUUCCCAAGCAAAACAUCGGCCGGUAAGUCUUUCAUGACCCCCACAUUCACGUGUCCAGAGCCCACCCCCCAAUCCAGGUGAACCCGGGCAACCGGUAAACGGAACACUGCACCUCCCGCCACCCUCACUGCCACAGUAUCUCCAGUGUGCUGGUGUUCGGAAACAAGGUUCUUUUGGAGCAAAGUCAUAGUGGCUCCGGUGUCUCUCAGACCAAUUACUGCUUUGCCAUUCAGUUUAACGGUCUGUCUGUGCUGUUGUCGGUUAUCCUGCUGCGCUGCUUGUACUGGAUCCGCCUCAUGUAGUAUACCCCAAAAUUCCUCCUGCUCAAGACAGUGAGCGGAAGGUGGAGGUGGCUGCUGAUUUCCGCCGGCUGGUCUUCUCCAUGACUGGGCUUGGCUUGAAUUGUUUAAUGGGCACUCGGGUCGCUUGUGCCCCAACUGCUUACUUAAAGAGCAAGUUUAUUGAUAAGCCCCUCCCGUGCAACAGGUCGGGCUGCCUGACUGAAAUCUAGGUUGCAAUGUUACUGCACCACGUUGUGCUGUAACUAUUACCCCAAAAAAAAUGCUAGAUGUAGUUACUCGGAUCCCCUGGUAAACUGCUGUUGUUCGAUCUUGGCAUGGUGUUUUUUGAGUUGAACACCAUCCUUUAAGGUGGUUUGUACUCCCCACUCAACUAGGCUUACUGGCGGUAGUUGCAGUGACUCCUCCAACGACCUUCUUGUAAGGUACAACAUUCGCUAACUUCCACUCUUCUGACUCUCCUGUUAACAAUGAUUGGUUAAAUAAAUCUUUAAUCAGCACCACCAAAGCCAUAAGUAUUGCAUGCAUGCCGCCGGGCAUGCACUCAACAGAAUACCAGCCUCUUUUACUCCCGGUAAGCCCCGGUAUUGAAUAUGCUGUGCAAUUUUGGGCCCUGUCUGAAGGAUAUUAUGGCCCGAAAAGUCACUGGAGGGCCGGGUUAAUAAAAGGAUGGGCAUAUCUCUAUGCGGGUACCUUUAAACCAUUGUUUCAAAACCGCCAGAGAAAAUCAUUUCUUAUUAUUAUUAAUACAAACCAUUGUGCAAGCUUUUCCUUGAAGAUUUACAUAGCUGCUAGGCCAGCGUUUCACCAAGAAUCUGCUGCGGGGUUGGGCCAUACUGUGCCACGAUACUAUCUGCCGGUUAAACUGUAUCUCCUCGGGUGUUAACUAAGUAUGCCAGGCACAUUCGCUCCCCCCGCUCCCUGGCUGCAUCCAUUUCCAAUAGUAUCGAAAUAAUCUCUCUUUUUUUGAGAUUACUCGCUGAUCGUCCUCUGCGCUCCAAUAUAUCUUUAAGGGUAGCACGCCUUAACUCCUCAUACUGCAUUUCCAGCUGGGAUUGUGCUGGCCUUCUGGGCUGUAGGAUUCAUCUUCGCUUGCCACCAAUUUUAGACACACGUACCGUCGGGUAGAUGAAGCCGCCGUUUAGGCAAUAAUCCCCUUCUCCAGAAAUGCAGUUUAAAUCCAGCCGACGGCCAAACUCCCGAACGAAGUCCACGAACACGGCAACUCCCGAUCAGCAAAUCAGUCGAAGCGGCCACAGCUAGAAUAACGAAAACGCUGUCCCAAUAAUAAUUCCCCCCACAAACGAGACCAAGCUCCGUCUUGAGGGUCAAAUGAAGAUCUGUUUAAUGGGGGCUACCUGCCCGGUAUUUAUGCAGGUCUCCACAAGGUGGACACUCCCCGAGGGGACCUUGUGGAAGACUGUAACACAUAUUGGACAGUAGCCAAUCGCAGUGGCUUCAAUAAUAGCCCUUCCCAUCUUGCCCAUAAUUCCGUCUUCUUUACCUUGGAGAUAAUUGGGGAAGAAACCUAAUUAUCUCCCAAGGUAGAGACCAUCGCCAUCUUAAAUUACAGUAACAAAAAGACAUUAAAAUACAUAACUACAGAAAUACCGAAUGCAUAUGGUUCGUGUAACGUAUCCCCAGACAGCCUGGAUCUGAGGGCAUGUUUUCACCGAAUAGCGCUCAGAUCCGAUGUAUCUAGUCGAAUCGCCAUGGAGUCAAAGUCUUUCACCAGUCCUUCGGUAUACGAAUGACUCCAUGGGAUGGCUGUCGGGGUAAAAGUCCAUACGACUGAAUAAAACUCCCGAACGACCGACGUUCGCAUGCCUUGUCGAAAAGGAAGGUAGGCAGCAGCUUUUCAGCGGUGUUCGGUAGUUUAAGUGUCCGUUUUUAGUUCCAUACAGUUUGUACCGAACACCGCUCUGUGUUCGUAUGUCCCAAAAUGGCCGCUGCCUCGUGGUCGACAUGCGAACGACGACCACCCGUACGAAUGGAAUGGAGAGGUGUCUGCGGUUAACCACAACGUUCUAAUUGGGGCCAAGAGGUUAACCAGCAGCACACUCCUCUCCUGGGUGGUCGUUCGUUCGGUAGUUUCAAUCGGCAUUUUGCAAAUACACAACGCAGGCAAUUCCGCGAACAAAGGGAAACAGACGAACCAACAAUGCAGAUGAAUCUGUCACAAAUAGGUUAACCAGCAGCACACUUCUCUCCUGGGUGGCCGUCCGUUCGGCAGGUUUGUUCGGGAAAAAGAGUCAUUCGAAUGGCUGGGCUAUAGAAAACAGCCAUUCAUACGAACGGGAUACAAACAGACGAAUACACCUAAAAUAAGCAGAAAGAUGGUUCUGUCACAGUAACACUUUCUGUACCAAGUCGGAAUCUACGAUCUGUUAAAAUAUCCUCGAAAUGCUGAACCUCCACUUACAUUUCACUUGGAAAAUUUUAAAUGUUUUCCCCUGUUGCACAGAACAUUCUCAGUCUGCCAUUAAAAGAAACACUGUAGCCACCAUGUGGUGAUUGGAGUCCAUGGGCAUGGGUUCCACGUUACUACUUAAUUGUUUACUCACUGUGUAUUCGAGAUUCUCGGCUGCCGGCUUACCACGUAGUUGUACCCAUAAACUUUUAUUGGUUCCUUCAAGGAACUAAAGGCACAAUAAUAUGUAAUUCAGAAAAGAGAAACUUAUUCAUAAUUUAGCUGAUUUUUUUUAAUGUAUAUGAGAGUUGAAGAUCUGGGAUCACCAGGAUGAACAGACUCUUCCAGUAAUUAAAACAUAUCCUGAUGGUACAGAUAGUGAUGGGUAACAACACUCUCUCAUUCUCUUUCUUUCUUACAGAGACCUCUCGGUAAUUACCCAGACGAACAUUUCACAGAGGAAGCGCCAAAGAAAUACAUUCAGGAAUUCCAGACAAAGCUGUCUGAGCUUUCCAGUCAAAUUAAAGAGAGGAACAAAAGCAAGAAUCUGACUUACCUGUAUCUGGAUCCAGAGAGGAUUGAGAACAGCGUGUCCAUUUAA